CUGGGGAAUUAGUCCAGCUGUGCUCUGUCUUCCAGAGCCGCCCUUAGCUCCACCUCACUGCACACAGCAAAGAGCCCACAUAAAGAGCCUGCUAAGGGGCUUCCCAGCUGCAGAUCCACAGAGCCACCUCCUGGGGGAGGGAGCCAGGCCAUCCUGUCCCAAGAGACAGAACCAGUGGUUCAAAGGAUUCAUCAUCAUCAAGGUAUGACUGGGAUCUUUUUCUUUAGGGCAACAAAAUGUGGACAAAUAUUCCCAGCUUAUCUGAAAGCAAUAUAUAUUAAUAACUCAUAUACUUUAUGAAAUAUUAUUAUUGGCAUGUAUACAGCGCCAACUUAUUCCGCAGGGCUUUACAAUGUUAUGUAGGGGGACAUUUAACAAUAAAUGAGACAAUUACAUAUUGUUAUAGGACACUGGUCAAAGGAGCUUACACUCUAGAUGAUUUUUUAGGCAUAUGAUGUAACCAGUUGGUAUUGAAGAGAUGGUGGUAGUUGUUGGGCAAAUCACCUUGAGAUAAUUUAAUAAUUUCAAAGAAAAGCCAGUUCCUUGGUAAUAGAAUUUUGGAAUUGAUGGGAGAUAAUGAACCAUUGUUUUACAGUUUCUCAAACUGUGAACCAAUGUCUUAUUCAUGUCUUCUUUUAGUCAUAUAUCACAAAUGUCUUCAACCUCCUUACCAACCGUAUAGCAACGCCAUGUAUCCACUACUCUUGCUGCAUUUAAAAACCAGUGAACAUUAUAGGUAAGUGUGUCUGGCCCAUAAAACAUUCUAGCAGCUAGUGAAAAAGUUGCUUUGGUAUAAUAAAUCAGGCUACUGGGCAUAAUUUCCUUGGUACUUGGGUUGGCUUACAGUCCUAGGAUUUGGAGUUCAGUAAAUUUUGACAUAUGGGACAAUUGCAAAAAAACAGACUUUACAGCUGCUAAAGUCGUUGUAAGCUAAGUUGACUUGGCAAGCACAAGGGGGAAAUGUGAUUAUCUGUUAAAUUUAAGAAACUGAUUUUUUUUUUAUCUAAAGAACAAAAUAUUGCUACAUUUCUGUGCCAAUUUGGAAUUGUGAAACUCUAAAAAUAAUUAAAAACCAUUAGUUAAACCACUGUACAUCAGUACAUCAACUACUGACAUGGUAAUUUAUCAUAACCCCAAGUAAUGCAAAACUUCUGCUUGCCAAAGAAAUGUCUUUCAUUUAAAACUACUUCACUGAUAUUUUUAACUGUCAUCGUUGGUUGCCAACAGAGCAAAAUUUUACCCCAUAUUACAAAACAUAUCAAGAUAACCUUUCAUUUAGAAAAACAUUUUAUCAGACUUUUAGUGACUGCCUUAUACAUUAACCAAUCCUUAUUAUUAGUUAAUGCAAGAAAAUCAGAUGUAAACUUUUUACUAUGUAGGUUAACAGAGAAUGAAUAUAUUAAAAGUCCCAAAUUAUUGCAUGUAGUUUUUCCCCAGCAAUGCCCUGAUGGUCCACAGAAUAACAAUACAGUUUUUAUUAUUUCGUAUUUGCGGUAAAUCUGCCAAAGAUAUGCCAAGAGAUGAUGAUUAUUAUUAUUUAAACAGCACAGAUAUAUUCCACAGUGCUCCGCAAUAAAUAACUUUUUUAUUGUGCGUUUAUAACCAUUCAUAAUCUAGAGACAAACUGGGGAUUUACCUCUGAUUUCUAAAACAGAUUGAUAGAUUCCGUGAUAAUACAUUGAAUAAUGUAAAUAUUUAUUUCGAUAAAAUAUUUUGUGAAACCAGGAUCAAAAUGAUAUAUCUCAACCAGUCUCUGCUCUCCAAGUACAUUUGUUGAGAGAAUCGGUAACUUAUGGGCAUGAGUUUAUUACAACGUGAAACUAGCAACUUGUCCAAUAAUUAGCAAUAAAGGUACAUUAAAUGCAGUACAAUGGAUGGAGAAGACAUACAAGUAAAUUAAACAAAACAACUUUUGUAGAAAUAAAUGCAUAAUAUUCAUGUUAAAAACAUAAUUCUAUUUUUUUUUCAUAUAAAAGAACAAAUAAACACCAUUAAUUAGUCUUCAGGAACUCCAACUCCACCUUCUUUACAGUUUUUUACAGUUUCAUUGCAGAAAUAUUGUUUCAAAUAAAAUUUUUACACAUUACACAUCCUUGUCUUGUAGUCCUUCCAACAGGAUGGUAAUAAUUAGAAUAGCUGUACAAGCAUAAGUUGGUGUGAUAGUGUAGUGUAACUGCAGUUGCUCAAAUUUUAUGCUGAUUUGUAUUUAUUAGUAAUCUGCUUGUAUGUUUGGGAAUGUAAAUUUUAAACAUGGCAGCAGAAUAUGAACUGAGCAUUUUAUGUGUCCAUAAUGUCACAUGUACUAAACAUUCAUUUUACCCUAUACAGAAGUAGCUUGAGACAGAUUUUGUUCUUUGUUUUUUUAAGGGUUUUGUACGAAAAGGAACACUCCAGGCACCAGAACAACUUCAUUUAUAUGAAGUUGCUAUGGUGCCCAAACUGGUCCUUAACCCCUUAAGGACCAAACGUCUGGAAUAAAAGGGAAUCAUGACAUGUCACACAUGUCAUGUGUCCUUAAGGGGUUAAAGGUCAUUAACGUGAUAUUGCCUUUUGCUUCACUUUUUCUGUGGAUUUAUUUAUUACUUUUUUGUGAAACUCCUAUCACUUACUAUCUAAAAUACCUAAAUAAAAUGUUAUUGCAUGAUACAGCCAUGUAAAUUGAAAAUGCCCAUAAAGUGUUUUGGUGAAAGGCCCUUUAUAUCAUGAGUGUGGAAAUUUGUAGGACAGUGAGUCCACAACUGGUAACAACUAUGGAACAAUGUAUGUAUUUUACCAUCCUACAAUGUCACAUGAAUAAAUGGUUCAAUAAACUUUGUUCCUUUUAAUAAAAUAUGAAUAAACUAAUUGUCUAUUAUUAAUAGGAAUUUGUUAAAGGACCACUAUAGUGCCCUGAGGGUGCCCCCGCCGAGCUGGAUGGAGAGGAAGGGGCUAAACUUACCUCUUUCUCCAGCGCCGGGCGGGGAGCUCUCCUCCUCCUCUCCUCCCUCUUCUCCUCCUCUUUUGCUGAAUGCGCAUGUGGGCAGGAGCCGCGCGCGCAUUCAGCCAGUCCAUAGGAAAGCAUUCUCAAUGCUUUCCUAUAGACGCUGGCGUCUUCUCACUCUGAAAAUCACAGUGAGAAGCACGCAAGCGCCUCUAGAGGCUGUCAAGAGACAGCCACUGGAGCCUGGAUUAACCCAUAGGUAAACAUAGCAGUUUCUAUGAAACUGCUAUGUUUAUAAAAAAAAAAAAAGGGUUAACCCUAGCUGGACCUGGCACCCAGACCACUUCAUUAAGCUGAAGUGGUCUGGGUGCCUAUAGUGGUCCUUUAAUAAAAAGUAUUUCAGGAGCAUCAUUGGCAAACUAAAGCAACUGGCAGGAAUGUUCUUUUCAAAUACGUUUUAUUGAAUUUUAUAAAACUUAAAUAAUUAAAGGAAAAGGUUCAGAAAAAACAAAAGGGAAAAUGUGGAAGAAAACCAUCUCUCCGUCCAAAAUCAUGUACAUACCUGGGGGAACAAAACAUUUUGACAUAGAUGAAGUAUAGUACUAAACUUCACAGAAUGUAAUUGCAGUAACAUUCCAUGCAUUCUAAUAGUUACCAUGGUGAUUACGCCACAUUUGGUAGUUUGCUCAUACUUGCACAUAUUAAAGGGCAGUUUUUACCAUUGAAUAAAACACUGAAAAACAUCUAUAAUGUGUGUUAAACUAUUAUUUUUAUGUGAUCCUCCAUUUUCUUUUCAAUUUAUAUUAUAAGAUUUAGCAAAUCACAUCAAAUCUAGUUGAGUCAAGAAACCACCAGAGCACACAAGUAGAAUGAGGAGGAUAAAUAGAAAUAUUGUUUUAUAUCUCCCCUUCCGUGUUACCCUUCUUCAUGCUGAGUGCCAGGUGCAAAGAACAGAGCUUAUCACCUACAUUGACAGGAAGCUAAGAUGGAGGUUCCCAGUUUCAGGAUAAAAUGUGGUGUAAAUGUUCACAUUUAAUGCUAUCUCUCACAUCUCACAGAUGCAUAUUUGUUAGAUAUAAAGAUAAGUAUAAAUCAUGUUAAAAAUCCUCAGAAGUGAUAUUUUCCCUUUAAGUAAACAUACACAUUGUCGAUUUUGCGUGACUCCACAGUUUUACUGAAAUCAAUCCUAUAUUUUUUCACACAGAAUAUCAGACACUUCAAAAGAAACUCUUGCAAGUACUGAACUUUGUGUCAGUAUUUUCAACCAAAUUGCUGUGUUCUUAAGCACCAGGAAGCAGGUAGGCCCUCCCUCUAUUUGCUUUAAAUGGUAAUUGAGAGGUGUCCAGAAAAUCUAGGUUUUUCUUUUGUGACUUUUCACACAAAAUAUCCAUAUUUAUAUAACGUGUGUAUAUAUAGGUGUUAAAGAUGACAUGCUUGUGGGCAUAUAUACGGUUUUAGUGGCAUGUGAAUGUGUGUAUAGGUAUGAAGAUGAGUUUGUGUUUGUGAAACUUUUUUAAAACUCGGGCCUAUUUAAGAGCUUAGGACUGCAGAAGCUGCUCAAAUAAAACUUAUGUUUAGGUUGUCCUUCAAUGGAGACAAAAAAUCUGUGUGCCACUUGGCAUUUAUGAGUCAUCAUGGCAACCUUGGAUCUGUCGAGCUCUGCCUUAGAAAUACCUAUACCUAUGUACCAGGCUGUCAAACUAUGAGUGUAAACAUGAGGGAUAGUAAAUUUUAUUUAAAUAUAAUUCAGGGUUAUGCACUAAACUGUGAUACAAUAUAAGGAAGGAGAAAUCUGAAGUUUUGUGUGUCAGAAAAAUUCAGUAUUGAAGCACAUUUAGAGCCAAUCCAUAAGACAACAAAAUGAAAAGGGUAUACACAAUUCAGAAAAAAGAGUAAAUACAGAGGACCAAUAUACGGGCCCCAUGCUUGGACACAUCGUUUUGCAGAAACGGAUGUAGUAGAUCAGGUUACCAUUAUUAUUAUUAGAAUUUCUAUAGUGCCAACAUUCUGCAGCUCUUUUAAAUUAUACAGUGGGGAUACACAGUAGCAAAUAAUUGACAGACAAAAUAAAGUUUACAGGCAGAGGAGGACCUGUUUUUUUUUUUUUAAUAAUCUUUUUUUUUAUUAAGAAAGAGUGUAGGUCUCUUACAACAAUAUUAUAUAAACAUUGCAUUGUACAAUAUUUCAAUAGUAAACAUACAACACAUCAAUGUAUCGGCAAACAAUGUUUAUAUCCAGAGUGCAUUUUUUAAUGCUCUGUGCUAGCACACGAUGUAAUGAUUCUCGAGUUCACAAUAGAUCGUAAUAUUCUGCCGUUUUUGGUCAGAUAAACUAUGCUUAUGUCCAAGGGGGACUUAAAGAUGUCUGUUCUAUUGAGAAUGGGUAAACCCGGAGAAACAAUAAAAAGGCAAUUACUUAUAUGUAUAUUACAAAAUAAUACACAGAGGCUGUGGUACAGGUAAUCAUUUAUUUUAAAAUUAUAAUAAAACGAUGAUGGCAGGUUUCCUUUAAAUCAUGAGUAUAGUGUCAUAUAUGAUCAGGGCUGCCACCAGAAAUUUUGGGGCCCCUAACUCAGCUCAGGUUCUGGGCCCCCUGGGACCCGCCUCCAAUCCCGCCCACAGGGUCCGCCUCCAAAUACCGCCCACAGGAAUACACACACAGAUACAAACACACACACUGAUACAAAAGGACACAGAUACAUACUAACAGACACACAUACUGAAACAGACAUACACGCAUACAGGCAUACAUACUGACACACACAUACUGAGACAUACAAAACAAAAAUAGUAAUGCACUCCACCUUCCUUGAUGUACUUGCCCGGUGCUUAUCAGCAAACAGAUACAGCCAAAAUUACAAGAUAGCACUCCAGGGACUUCCAAGUAGAAUGAAUAAAACUUAGCCUUUAUUAGCUCAAAAUAAAAAUCAACGUUUCAGUCUGUAUCACAGACUUUCAUCAGGAUGAGACAUACACAUAUAUACACACAGGCAUACAUAGUGACAGACAGACACAUACUAACAUACAUACAGACACACAUGCAUGAGGACAUAAAGACACAUACAUACAUACACACUGACAUACAUACAGACACCGACAUACAUUCAUAAUGACAUACAGACACACAUACAUAUAUAUAUACAGACAUACUGACAGACAUACAGACACUGACAUCCAUACACACACACAUUGUACUGUAUAUGAUGUUACAUUCCAGCACUAUUCUUCUUAAAAGCCUAUUCUAGGAGAAUUUGUAAAUGAAGAAAUAAAGUUCAGAAUUUAGAAAAAUAUUUACCUUGUGAAGUUGACUGUCCACUGAUAUGUUUUAUGUAAGUCUAUUCAUGAACAGGAUACCCCUCCUUACCCCUCUCACUAUUCUCACCUGGUCAUUCCAUUCUGCAGGUUCUCUACUUUCCGACGGUCUCUCCCUUCCAUCCUGACUCUUGUCACCUGUUGCCUUUGUCCACCAUUGUCCAUGUGUCCUUGUGCUGUUUCCUCUCAAUAACCCUUUUCCCAUUUAGGGAAUUACAAAUUACCCUGUAAAUUACUUUGAAGGAAAGAAAGCAAGACAAGGUUAGCAGUGCAGCAAUUGUAACAUAUCCAUUGGCAUUACUUUCCUUGGAUUAAAAAGGAACACUAUGGCAGUAGAAAUAAAAACCUGUAUUCCUAACACUAAAGUAUCCCUGUCCCUAGCUCUACCAAAGUUCCCCACCCUGUUGGCAAUAAACGUUUAACAAAAGUUUUACAUACGUUUUUCCAGCACCAAGGGAGCAGCGCUCCUUACCACUCAGCCUUACUUAGUGUCACGGAAGAGGCGAUAAUCCAAUCCAAUGCUCCUCAUAGGGGCCUAAUGCACAUACGUGGUAAGCGCUGAGCACACAUUCAAUCUACCCUAUAAAAGCAUUAAUUCAAUGAGAGGCUUCUGUGUCACGUGACCGGGUUUUAUUCGGUUAAUGCAGUGCAAUCAUUGGGGUGGACUUAAUCCUGUAAUGUAAACAUUGUAGGGACCCUGCAACCAGACCUCGGUGACUAUAGCAUGCCUUUAAGGUACUGAAGAAGAAUGCAGCCUUAGCAAGACCUAUUUGCUAAAAACUUUGCUCCAUAAAGUACAGUAGCUCUAAGUUACAUCAUGUGCUUUGAACAUAGUUUUUGUAUCAUACAUAUCUUUGUAGAAAUUUAGCACAAUUAAGAGUAAAGCUAGUUAUAUAGUAAUGCAUUUCAAUUCAUUCACUAAUUUCGAAUGAGUUAAUCUCAGUGGGAUCUCUGGAACACUUCCACCCCUAUUAUAAUCCACUGUGUAAUGAGUAGUCAAGGUUCCAAGUAAAACAUUAGUUAUUGAAAACUGCCGCCUACAAAAUUAAAGUAAAUCGCCGCGAACCCACAGCACCAACACUGCAUUAAGGGAGAGUUUCUGUUAAUCCAACGCUAUUUAUGUACAUAGUUUGCAACCAUAUAACGCUUUCAACCAGUGUCUUUAUAGUUGGAAAAGAUUAAUUAUGUUUAAGAGUGUGAUUUCAUUAAUGGCUUUAAGGUAAACUGCUGGGUAAUUUAUCACUUUAAUUAGAGGGGGAAAAUAGGAAAUACGAUUGGUCUAAUUAUAAAUGCUUUUAAUAUGGCAAAGGAGUUACAAUGACUGUCUGAUGAAUGUAAAUGAAUGUUCUCACAGAUGGAGUUUAUUUACAAAACAUCGAAUCCGAGUGAGCUGUAAACAAAUUGUAGCAUGCAGCUAUUAAAGGACCACUAUAGUGCCAGGAAAACAUACUCGUUUUCCUGGCACUAUAGUGCCCUGAGGGUGCCCCAACCCUCAGGGACCCCCUCCCACCGGGCUGGAUGGAGAGGAAAGGGUUAAACUUACCUCUUACUCCAGCGCCGGGCGGGGAGCUCUCCUCCUCCUCUCCGCCUCCUCGGCUGAAUGCGCAUGCGCGGCAAGAGCUGCGUGCGCAUUCAGUCAGUCUCAUAGGAAAGCAUUCUCAAGCGCCUCUAGCGGCUGUCAACGAGACAGCCACUAGAGGCUGGAUUGACCCUAAUAUAAACAUAGCAGUUUCUCUGAAACUGCUAUGUUUAUAGAAAAAAAGGUUAACCCUAGCUGGACCUGGCACCCAGACCACUUCAUUAAGCUGAAGUGGUCUGGGUGCCUAUAGUGGUCCUUUAAUCGAUAAAUUGGAAAUAUUCUCCAACAAUCUCAGUUUUCCUUUUUUUUUGCCCAGAUUCUGCAAUUCAGUUUUCUGAUCACUAAAACCUACAACCAUAUUUGCAUUAAAACAUUGGAAACAUAUCACGGAAAUCAUUUGGAAAAAAUUGAAAAUUUUGCCAUAAUAAUGUUUACCGUAGAGCUAAUUCUUUUUAAUAAAUACGGGGUUAUUUACUAAACUGUGAAUUGAUUGAAAUUGACCAUUAAAUUACUAAUUUUAGCCUAUUUUCUAUAGCAGAAUUAGUGAGCAUUAUAAUAAAAUGUGACAAGCAUGCAUGUUAAUGUCACAUAAGGAUUUCUAUAUGCAAUAUAGCACAUGAUAACUUCAAGUCAUUAGAAUUAAAUACAUUAUUACAGUUGAUUUGUGCGUGUGUGUGCAGCCAGUCUACUGGAACUAACAUCUAUUUAUCAACAUGAUUGGCCCAAGAGAAUAUUUGAUAUCUGGUAUGUGGGAAGAUGGCCUCCAAAACACCUUCCGUAAAUCUGACUGGGAUGAUAUUGAUAAUGAUAUAAUGAUAAUGAUAUAAGUCAGUUUUGCCUCUUUGACCUUAUGAUCGGGAUUCUCAGGGUUUACUGAUCACAAUUGCUCUUCAGUAAGCAGAAUGAACCCUUACUCUACUAAAGAACACGACAGCUCUAUAUAUUAACCUCAAACACCAAACAUUGUCAACAAUGUUAUAUUUGUUCUUGACCAUUGUCUACUUAUUCUGAAUCCUUAGAACCUCUAAUGACUCAAUUUUGAAGAGAUAUAAUGGGAACAGUUUCAAACGUUCUUGAAUUGGGUUUCCUGCCAUAAACAAAUUCCUUUCUGGAUUUGACCCCAUUGUCUAAUUUCCAUGGUAAUAGAAGACAAAACCACUGAAUUUAAAUCUCUGGAUGUUUUUGUUCAGUAGAUGUGUCAACCCAGUUUGGAAUACCUUCAGGACCCCAUCAAUAGGUGAAAUUGUCAACAAAAUUAAAUACCUUGACGGACAGGCAGGCAAGUUAAAUCCACAAUUCCUUAAACAUAUCGGAUACAAUUUAGGAUCUGUGUCUGAUAUGUCCUGUCCAUCCACAUUAACAACCCUUGAUAUUUUCUCAAUUUGAUUAUUACCUUUAUCUUUACUGUAUAUAUUCUUUUUUUUUUGUAUUGUAUUUUUUGUAUUGUCUGGAACAUCUGCAAUUAAUGGCAGCACUGAUAUUGUUCUCUUACCUUUUUUUACAUUGUUGUGAAUAUACGUUUUGUUAAUUUCUGUGUUUUCAUUGUGUGUUGGUUAUGUUGGUUCUAAAAAUAAAUAUUAAUGGUCUCUAGUAUUCAUUCAAAUACUAAACCACAAGUUUAAGGUAGUUUGUGCUGUUGUUGGAGUACAAAUUUGAGCAACCAUAUUAAUCUAAUUUUAUUACAAUUUUUUUGAAGUGAACAUUGUGAUAGCUUCAUUGUAACCUUGGGAGAGUCAUUUUAUCAUCCUGUAGCCCGGGGUGAUCAAAGCAAUGUAAUCUCAUGCGGAGACUGAUUGAUUAGAACUGCAUUGUUCCAACAUGUUCAGAUGCUUUUGUUACAUAACCCCAAUGACAGUUUGCACCUCUCUGGAUAAACUGCCCCUUGACUAAAUGAUACAAACUUGUAGAUUGAAGCGCAAAGCAAAUUUUGAAGCUUUAUAACUAUUUGUGCUGUUUUUCUCAUCUGAGAACAUGGCAUUGAGGGGUGUUAUAUGUUUAUUUUCUCAUAAAACUUUCAACAUAGAAAGAUAAAUUGAGAUUUCAUUCUUUUUCAAGUAAGUCCUGAAGGGCAUAUACAAAUUUAAUAUAGAGCACAUUUAUGAAAAGUAAAUUUGAACAAACAACUCAAAUAUUCAGGGAUACUUUUAUUGUAUAUUUUCUUGAGUAUAUUAUUAUUAUGCAGCCAGGCAGUGUAGCUGCCGGACAUCCUAUUGUUUUUGCACAAAUAAUUAGCUUUUUUUGUAAAAAAAAUCUUUUACGAUUACUGUUUUCCCACUUUUUUCAAAUGCCUAUAAAAACAAAAUCACUUGUGUAAAGCGAAUCCACUUUAGCGCAUUGGUAGUGACCUACGAGGCGCUUUAUGCAGGCCAUUAGUCACAUAAUCUGGCAGCUGUCCUAAUUUUGGUGACCCAUGUUGAGCAAUAUUCCAACAUUUUUGCUAUAGGUGUGUAAAUUAUUGUGUGAGGUAAUGCUAUGAAUUAGGAAUACCAUUAACCCCUUAAGGACACAUGACAGAAAUAUUACAUCAUGAUUCCCUUUUAUUUCUGAAGUUGUGUCCUUAUGCGGUUAAAUUUGGUAAUAGUAACAACCCCUGGAUGUUGGGCUAAGGUAACAUCCCCAGGACGUACUUGAAAACCAGAGUAAUCUGAAUGUACCUUUCCUGGUUAAAUACUUUGUUAUUAUUAUUAUUUUUUCAAAAGUAGUCAAUUGGUAACGUCGUAUGGCAGUCAUAUUGAAUAGUGCAAAAUUAUGUAAACCGUUUUACAUAACAAUGUUAAUUUGUCACAUUUCUGCACAGUUAAGACCUGUGCCAUGAUUGCUCAAAGGAUAUCAAUAGUAAAAUCAAAAUUGCCACCAUAAAUCAGUUACUUUUAGGGUCUCAUAGAAUUGCAUACAUUUUAAUUUAUUUCACUACUGAACGGAGUUACAAUUUGCUGUGUCUAUGUUGUUGUGCUUGGUCAUAUAGGUCACAUGGUCAGGCAGCUGUUUUGUUUUUUGAGUCCAAUUUUGUACACUAUUAAAAGGACACUAUGGGCACCAAGACCAAUUCAUCUAAUUGAAGUGGUCUGAGUGCACUGUCCCUGUAACCCUGCAAUCUAAAACAAUUUUUCAAAGAAAAAAAAAAGUAAACACGUUUAAAAGAAAGUGGGCAGAGGAACACUAUAGUGUUAGGAAUACAGCUUUGUGAUCCUUAUUAUUUAAAGUGAUCCUUUAAAUAACCCCCUUUUCCAGAAUCUCAUAUGUUAUAGGUCUACAACUUGCUGUAUAAAGUUAUGUUGUGACCUAGAGUUACAUUCGUUCACAAGGUUUGAUGACCAUAUUUCAUUCCAUAACAUUCUUCCAACUUCUUUUAGAAAACAGUUUGCCACACAUAAUUAUCUACGUGCCGAUUAGCAACAGUGUAUCCUGGAAUUGUAUAAAUUUGCAUUUAUUUCUCUGUUGAACUAUACUACAACAUGUUAAAUAUAUGAUUAGUCAAUGGUAGAAGUGAUAAAAGCAUUAUGAGGAUCAAAAGCAGACAUUUUGCCAGCAGACAUUUUGAAUUUCACAUUCACUUACUUCUCUACAUACAAUACCUCCUGCACUUUAUCCAUACUCUUAUGCUUUGACAUCUCUUAAAUCAGUCAUGAGGUUUGGGAGCCAAUUUUAAAUUAUCAUCAGUUGCAAAACUACUAAAAGUAGUAUUGGGUUUAAAGAUCAUGAAGGUUAGCAUGAAAAAUUCCUCACAUUCAAAGCGGAGUCGAUACAAAAGUAUAAGAAAAAAAAAUAUAUAUUCUUUAUUAUAAAAAAAAUACAUAACACAAUAAAUUAAAAUAUGGCAGGUAGUAUAGUGCCACUAUUACUAACUGAAGGGGGUGGGGCACAGGACUUAAAGACAUACUAUAAGCACCAAAACAAUUUUGCCCCCUACAGUAACACUGAUCAAUUCUCUGCCAUCACUGUUUUUGCAACCCCAGCUACACCUCCUUGAAUGUGACUUACAUAGCCCUCCUACACAUUUCCUGUAAAGAGAGAUCUAAUGUUUAUAUUAUUUUUAUUGCAACACAGUAAAGUAGGAGAUUAUAUUUAAAAAAAGAAAAACUACCACAACAAGAGGACAUAGUCUUAAAUUAGAAGGGCAAAGAUUUAAAAAUAAUCUCAGGAAGUGUUAGCUUACAUAGCGGGUAGUGGACGCAUGGAAUAGCCUUCCAGCUGAAGUGGUAGAGGUUAACACAGUCAGAGAGUUUAAACAUGCAUGGGAUAGGCAUAAGGCUAUCCUAGACUUAAGAUAAGGCCAGGAACUAAUUAAAGUAUUUAGAUAAUUAGGUAGACUAGAUGGGCCAACGGUUCUUAUCUUCCGUCACAUUCUGUUUCUAAAUGAAACCAUUUUUUUCAUGGAAGCUGUCUAAGUCACAGCCAAGGGAGGUGUGACUAGGACUGUAUAAACAGAAACAAAUGUGAUUAAAAUGGCAAAUAAUUGAGCAGCGAGACAGCAUGACCAUGAUCAAUACAUCCAAACUGCUUCAUUAAGCUAAAGUUGUAUUACUGCCUAUAAUAUCUGUUAAAACAUGCAGAACAUAUUUCACAUCUGAAUAGCGCUUUCUCAACUGCUCUAGACUACCUCAAUAGCCUAGGAAUUAAAAAAAAAAAAAAACAAGAUUAAAAAGUAACACACCCAUUAAUCUCAAAGGUCGGCAGCCAUUUUGACUUUGAAUUAUUUUAAUAUUACUUCUCCAUGUGCAAUAUCUAUGCAUGUGCCACAAAGUGGAAGAAUUCAGUACAAUUGAUAUGCACAAAAUCCCAAUCCAAAUAUAUGUAAAUAGGUUACUUAGUUAUCCACCAAAAGACAAAUACAAAACAAGAGAUGUCAACUCAAAGAAAACUUAACUCAGAAAUGUGUGUAACAAUUAUAGAAAUUGUUGAGUAUUCCAUUUCUUUUUCACAUCACAGUUUUAUGUUGUUGCAGUUUUAGCAUUUUGGGAUGUAUUUUCAACUUAGAACACAUUUUAUUUAUUCAUUUUCAGCAGAUUAGUAUUCAAAAUAAAAUAGGUUGUUUGUCAAGAAAACACCCACUAGAUCCGUUCUCACUUUGUUGCAGCUGUAAUUGUUACCUGGUGGUGCUAAAAGUAUUUUUUUUUUACAGACUCUCUCACUGCUGUUAAUUUUCUGUAUAAAUAACUUGCAUAUUUCACUUGCACAUUUAGAAAUGACUGAGUAUAAUCAGGUAGGUCAUCAUAUAUCAAUGCAUGCACAUGGAUUGUGGAAUAAAAACCCAUGGACAGCUGUAUGAUGUCCUGGGCAGUGUUGAUUUGUUAGAUCCGUAACUAUAGCCUGCAAACGAUGGAUAAUAUUCAGAGGUAUCUUUUAUUAUUUUAAAAACAUUUAAUACAUAAUUAUGAUCACUGGCUCCCUGGCAUCCCAUCUCUGGAUGUGCAGUGUUUCAAGCAGAAAAAAAUGCAUAUUUAGACUCCUACCACCAUUAUCACUUCAAAAAGCAGAAUUGGUCAUGGUGUUUGGAGUAACCCUUUCAGCUUUAUGUCUACAAUAUCCCUUUAAAGACUAAAUUAUGAUGAAAGCAAAAAAAACAUUUUUGGUCUUUUAAGGGUUAAAGGUAUCAGAAAUAUGUGUAUUAAAAUACAUGAUGAAGCCGUGACACAUAUGUAAGUCUUGUAGGUUUUGUAAAAUCUUCCCAAACGCUAGCUAUUAGCUAUAUGUUCCUGACAAUCUGAACCUUCACCUUGUGAACCUGAUUUUUCAGAAAAGCCCCGAAAGGUUCCUAGCGGUGAUCCUGAUAUAUACAUUCUUGCAGUUUUGUUUUUUUUUGUUUUAGGCUCAUAAGACGGCUGUAAGCACAGAAGGGGCCGAUGUGACUGAACCAGAAAAACUCCAGAUUAAACUAGUUUUCGUACACUUUGAAAGGAUUUGUCUUUUGGCAAAUUGUAUUCUGGCAGCAUUAAUGUGUGAUAGAAUGCAACGAUAUCUUCCCACUAGCAUUGCAGAUCUUUGUCUGACAUGUCUUUCAUUAUCACAGAAAUAGUUUUACUCUCCAACACGUUAUUUCGUGGUAUCAGCAAAAUUAUUUCCCUUAACUUGCACUUAUAUAGUGGGAAGGACAUGAAACGCUGUCAUAUUCCUGAAAUCACUGGCUUUUUUUUCCCCCUGUGCGGCCUGGCCGACUCUCUGGUAUUAUUAUACUUUAAUGCACAGAAUUAUAUUUUUGGAAAAGGAAAGUCUUGGAAAUAACUUUAUUGCGGGAAUUGUUUUUCGUUGACUGUGUGUUGGCAUCAGUUCAGCCUCUCAAGCAGAGUGUUCCAGUCAUGGUUGGGCGUUUGUUUUUUGCUUCAGUGGUUUGCUUCUCCCAUAGUGCUUUGCAAGCCAGAACAUCUAUGACUACGACAUACAAAUUAGAUUCCACAGGAAAAGUUAUAAAUAUGGUAGUAUUAAAUAAUCCAUAAAUAAAUUAGAUCUUUAAAAAAAAAAUGAAAAAUUUAUAUUUAUUGAUAGUCAGUAGGUGUAACAUUUGCAAUUGAAAAUACAUAUUAUUGGUUGAGGAACACAUGCAAUAUGCACCACAAGAACGCCAUUUAAAAAAACAAAAAAACAUUCUUGUUAAACAACCUAAACAGUACACAACAAUAUCAGAUAUAGUGAAAAAAAAGUUGAGAAGAAGGAAAAGGAGGGAAGGAGCUGCUGCGGGAGGGAGAUAUUGUCCUUUUUUGCAUAUUAUGAGAUCACUGACCGCUAUGGUAAUCCCAGGAAUAAAUAAAUUAGGUUUUAACUCUCUCUCAGGCUUGGAUUAAAAACAGGUGACGGGGGACGAAGAUACACUUUUGUAAGGACACCUCACUAGUUUACUAAUAUAUAUAUAUAUAUAUUUAUAUAUUUCCACAAAAAGGUCUUCAGCAAUAAUAAGAGUAAUAUUAAUAAUGUGAUUUUUGAAGUUUAAAUUCAUCACUGUUUUCCACGACUGUUCAGACUGGAGUGUUUUGGGUCUCAGAUGUUUGUGAACUACACCUCCCAUGGUGCCAGUCCAGCCUAUAAGUAUGGAGAAUAUACAUCUGUUAUGCGAGAAAGCUACCACAACAUAAAACAAUGGAUCCAAGGCAGUGACACGUAUAUCUUCAUCAUUGAGAGCAAUGCUAUGGCAUUAGAAUUAUGUUAGAGUGGCUGUGGUUUAAUAUAUAUCAUACCUGCCAAAUACAUCGUACGUGCAAGUAGGACACUGAUUGAAGGGUGCAGAAGGGUGCAGGCCAGUGCCCCGAAUUGAAAGAGAGCUUCUUCUCCGCUCAAAGAAUUGACAGGCCAGCCUUGUAUGAAUGCACACCUGGCUGUCUAUCAAUCAAGCAGGUCAACCCACUGGUGCCCUUAGCGUAGUGCUCGUCAGUAAUGAUGCGCCCACACUAUGCUUUUUGGAAACUAUUCCCUGAUGUCUCCAAAAGUGGGGGCACCAUAGCCACUAUAGUAUAAUGUAGUGGCUACGAGCUUUCAUGUUUCCUUUCAUUCUGCUCACAUUUACUGUCCUCUAGACUGCAAGCUCGUCUGAGCAGGGUCCUCAUCUACCUAUACUGUAUAAUUUUUCAUUUGUCACUCUUAUUGUUGAAUGUCCCCCUUCCAUAAUAUUGUAAAGCACUGAGGAAUAAGUUGGCGCUAUAUAAAUAUCAAUAAUAAUAAUAAUAAUAAUUGAAACACGGUCAAUAAUACACAUUUACAGGUGAGUGUUAGAAUAAGGUUCUUACUCAGGGAGAGGUAUUGACUUCUAAGCCAAGACUUAUUGUUUGGCACAUGGAAGACAUAAAAGUUGAAGUUAAAACAAAACUCCAUAUGUUUUUCAUCUAUGGAAAGUUUGAGAUAUCUUUCUUGUUCUACUUGCGUCUCUUUUUUUUACGUUAAUCCUAGACAAACAUUGCGUUUUCAAAACUAUGUUGGAUUCGUUUAAGGAAAUCCAAGAACCACCAUAGCUCUUAAGCUUGUAGGGAUACAUAUCCAAGAAAGAUUCUCUUAAGAAUAAACUAAUAAAACAGCUAUCUAUCCUAAGGCUGAAUAAUGUCCUCUCUUAACCAGACUAUUUUUAUGGGCACAGAAGAAGGUCAAAGGAAGCACGGGAGACAUUUGAAUGCAUGAGUGAAAUAAAAAAAUAAAAAAAACAGCUGGAGGCUCAGAAAAGAGAGAGGGUUUGGACAAGAUGUUGAAAUCAUCUUUCAUUCAGACUUCUGUCCCAAAACAAAGAUGUAUAAGGGUUGUGGAGAGGUGAAACCACCCACCAUCUGCGUUUAUUUAAAAAGAAAAAAGUUUUGUUUUUACUGGCUACUUUAACAGUAAGCUGAAUUGAUGAAGAAUGCUGUUCUUUGACCCAUAAUGCAAAGCAGGAGACACAAAAGUAAGAAUAGCUCAUUACAAAAGCAUCUUGUAGUCUCCUUUCUGUCACAGAUAAUUCAAGGCAGGUAUUUCACAAGAGGGUGCAUGGUCAGAGCAUUAAUUGAAAAGAAUGGUAGAAUUUACUGCGCCGACACAAUGUGCAAGAUGUAACAAUGGCUAAAAUGAAUGUGCAAUCCUUAACAUGAGUGCGCUCUUAACUUGGGAAAAGUAGAUUGCAGAGCAGUACUCAGAAUGGAUUUAUAAAUCACCUGCAAAAGGCUCACAGUUUUUAAUGAGCCCCGCUGUUAUUAAAAAAAAUAAAUAAAAAAAAUUGUCUAGAAUAUGAGAUUAUACGGUGUGUGAUCUGCAUGUAAACAGAAUUCAUUAUAUAAUAACAAGGUGUCUGGCGUUUGAUGUUGGGAUCCCAGCGUGUGCAGGCUUUUAUUGGGAUUGUUAUUCAUAAGGGAUACUGUGUUCGUAUGACAGAGCCACAUAUCUCUGCGCCUGCAGUACCAUCACUGUGACAAGCCCACACUAGGCUUCUGGAAUUGAACGCGUUCUCAAUAUAGAAUACUGUGUAUGAGAUGAUAUUAUUUGUGGGGUAAUAUCUACCUUGGGAUUCCGUGGUUAGCCACUAAUAUCCCGUGAGAGACAGUGGAAAACUUUGCAUUUAACCAAGGGAUUUAAACUAGAAGGAAGCCUACUAAAAAUAGCACAUUUUCAUCGGCUGCGAUGUGAGCUGCUUAAUGGUGGACGGGGAUUAGCUGGAGAUCUAAGGGGUCUCGGAUUUGACGUAGAAAAAGCUAUAUGCUCUACAAUGUUGCUUUUCCUAUCAAGGUUAAUCACUAAACACCAAAUUUUUGUGAAUUAAACCCGAAUAACAAAGUUAAAGUUAAAGUAGCCAAGCUGUGACAAUAGUAGAGUUGCAUAAUUUUUUUUUACUAAUCAACUAUUUUAGGCUACAUUUUGCCAUUCGUAUUGAAUUUGCUAAAAUUAGAGGUAUACUGAAUAACAAUGUAUAUCUCAUAACUCAUCUCUUGACGCAAUAUACUCUACCAACACACUGAUGGAACUGCUGCUACUGUUUAGCUGUACAUCUCACAAACAAGAUUAUUGAAUAUUCAAGAUUAUUGAAACUCCCAAUUAAAAAUUAAAAUAACAGGAAUAUUAGAAUAAGCUGAUGGAUUUCAGCUACGUAUUGGUUUUGGGAAGCUCACUGCAGGGUGCUUCUCACCUUGAGGGUUUUGCUGCAAUCUAAGAAAAUAAAAGGUAUCUUCUUUAUUGAAUGUAUUUAUUCAACAUAUUUUUUAAUGUAUUAUCUAAAUCAAGGGUAGUCAACCUUUUAAUACCUACUGCCCACUUUUGUAUCUUAGUUGAUGGUAAAAUUUCCUUACUUCCCACCAGUGCCACAGUAACUAAUUUUAUAGCACUAGGGCGAUAUUUUUUUUAAAAGGAGGCUUUUUUUGUUUUGUUUUUAAAUAUGUACUUAAAUUAAAAAAAAAUAAAAAAAUUAUAUUUUGUAUUUUUCUUUUGUUUCUAUGUGUGUCUAAGAGGUGCUGUAUGUGUGAAUGGUGCUGUUUUUGUGUGUGUGUUUGUGUGGAGUGUGUGUGUAAGAGGUGCAGUGUGUGUGGGGGGCAGUGUGUGUGAAUGGUGCUGUGUGUGUGUGAAGGGUGCAGUGUGUGUGUGUGUGAGAGAGAGAGGUGCUGUGUGAGGUGUGUAGGUGGGUGAGAUGUGAACCUCUAUCUUAAUGUCUCCCCCUCCCUUCUUCUUACCUUUUGCCAGGGAGGGGAGACAUAAUGCUGAAAGCCCUGGUGAUCCAGUGGUGGCAUGUUCACUUUAGCAUGCAGCUACUCUGACUGCAGGCUGACUCCUGUCUUCCUUUGAGCACAGCACUGUAUCAGAACGUUGCCAUGGUAAUGCGCAGCAACGCUCCGACCAGCCUGCUUUCAGGAGGAACACAGAGCCUCCCAGGCCCUUUCCUCCCUCUGCUGGAACUAGGUGCCAGCAGGCCAGUGAGGGAGAUCUUUGAUCGCCUCACCAGCCCAAGAGGUCUUACAGCAAAGCUGGCUCUGUAUGGGCCGGCAGGGGAGAUGAAAGAAUGUCCCCUGCUGGUAUGGGUCCAUGGCCAUUGAGGCCCACUGUGCGUUUUCUGCAGAAGCCGCCACCACCCACCUGAAAAAGGGCCAGGCUGACUACCCCUGAUCUAAAUAAUGCAUUUAAUGAAGACGGAGGUCAACAUUAGAAAGUCCUUUUAAUUGCAGGAACACUACUGAUUAGGGAUAACGGUGUGAGUCCCUCUUCUCUCGAACCCUCCGUUAGAGUCUAUGUUGCAACUAUGCAUACACGUAUUUGAUAGUUCAGAUGAACACUGUGCAUUAUACAGGUAUUUUCAUAUUCUAAAUGCAAAUUUAGAAAUCUGCAUUUAUGAAAAUGCCUUCAAGUUACUUAUAAAUACCCCACAAUUAUUCUUAUUUGUAUUUAUUUAUUUAUUUUUAUCAUAUCUGCUGUAUGUGUCUGUGGCAAAGAUGCCUCUGCCACAUGCUCUUGGAGAAGCCUGCUGGCUAGCCUCCUGACCAAUGACUACGGGCCAUGUACAAAGACCUGUAAAAAGAAUGUGUGACGGAACGCCGUCACUGAGUACUGUGCCCACUCGCUUGCCUGUUUAUUAUUUUUUAGGUCAAGUCGGGGUACCAGGCGGUCCGCCACGGUGACAAAUUGUGUGUGCUCCUCUGCAAAUAUUUCAGAUAUUGUCAUAAAUAUAGAAAGAUAAAGUAAACCAAAUACUUUAAACUGUCUUUAAAGGGGCACGCUAAGCACUAAAACAGCAGUUUGACCCAAAAAACUAUUCAGACAUGGAGAUCCACAUUUUUUUAAAUCAAAUCUCUUUUGUGUAUCACUUGGCCAGUGCCCAUCAACACCUGACUUCUUUUGGUUUCAUUUGUACAUCCUGGUACAUUAUACAAUAGAAGUAGAACCCAGUCUUCUGUCUUUAACAUAGCACAUGUUCUAAUAGACAUUACUUUACUGUAUUGACUCCAUUCCAGUUAAAUUAAAUCAACUCAUUAUGGUCUGGGAAAUUGGACUAGACAGCAACAUGCAAUUGAUAGCUGUGAAGUUAUUUUUUAUGUCAGGCACAUGAUAUACAUAAAUAAGAUAGAUUUAACAGACCAUGAAGGAUAACUAUGGGUCAUUGCCAUUCUCAUUUCCCGGAGAUACCACAGGUCCUAAUGCAUUAGUAUGGAACACUAAUAAACGCUGUUAGAAGGAAUUCUAUCUCAAGUGAUGUGGUCAGGGAAUAUCCAACCUGGAGUUCAACUGUGAAACAAAACAAUACCAAUGGGUUGAUGAGGAUUAUGGGGGUUGUAAAUAAGUGACAUCUGUCCACCUACAGAUUGCACAGACAUUGUCAGGUCAUUAUUUUAGAUUCACUAUAUUUUAAAUGUAGAAUGUUUAAUUCUUGCUGAAUACAAUCUGCACUAAUGCAAAGCUUACGGAAUGAAAUAUAUGGCUGUCUAUCUCCCUAGCUAUCUGUCACCUUACAAAAAGUUGUUUUUCAGAAAUAUGCCAAGUCUUUUCUCCUUUGACCUCCCUUUCCCAUCUUUGCCCAUUUGCUCCCUUGUGAAGUGUAUGUCUUCUCAUUGUGAUCACUCUGUUUUAAAGGGUUACUCCAACCACCAUGACCACUUGUGCUUUUAAAAGUGGUCAUGGUGCAAGCAAUCUGUAUGAGCAAAAUUUCAAUUUGUAACACUGCCCAUAAAGAGAGAUCUAUAAUUGUGUCCAGAGGUCUAAUUAUUCCACUGAACUCUGUUCCCAUAGACCAGUGGUACCCCCUACCAGUCCAGGAUUUAGGGAUUACCCAAUAAUGUCCAAUGUGUUUUUAGAAAUAAAUAAAAAUAAACUCUAUAAACACAGCAGGGUAAUUCCUAAAUCCUGGACUGUUAGGGGGUACUUGAGGACUGGGUUGGGAACCCCUGCCAUAGACUAAUGUGAGUUCUGUGCAAAAAAAGUACAUUGUCAGCCCGCACUGCAGCUGGUGACAGAUGUAUUUAGAUUCCUCUCAUGCAGGUAGCACUGUGAGCAUAUCUGCAAGUAAAAGCGUGGUCGGACUAUGGGCCCAGUCCUAGUAACGGCUCUGGGUUAAUGUCCCAACUUCUCCAGCCACUUAUCCAGCCCAACCAUUCUAUGUACAGCCCACCCUCCUUCCCCUUUGCAGCAAUCAGGAGUAGGACAUGAUGAAUGAAAUGAGCUGUUAUUUAUCUCACUACUCAUGAACGGGAACACUGUACGCAUUUACAGUGUAGCUAAGUGCCUCGUACAUUUGCUGUGCAGCUAGCUCUAUAACAGGCCUGCACAACCUGCAGCCCCCCCAGAUGUUUUGAACUACAACUCCCAUGAUUCCGUGGCAAUCUGUUUCAUUCUAAGAAUGAUGGGCUUGGUUCAAAACAUCUGGGGGGCCGCAGGUUGUGCAGGCCUGAUCCAUGAGAAACAUAGGAUUGGACCACAAACGAGAAGGAGAUGACUCCAUGUGAAGACGGAGAAGGCAGGGGCACAAUCGGGGAGAGCUUGGCCAGGUGCUAGAUUUAGAAAAGUUUUAAUCUUUUUUUUUCUGCAGGAUUUACUAAAUACAUAAAACGGGGUAGGGUGCGAACAGGGCAUUUAGACUUAAAACAAAUACUGUGGAAAAAUAGGUUGAAGUAACCCUUUAAAUUAUCUGCUUAGUUUCACUUCUGUAAGUAUUGGAAAAUAAAGAUUUGUUUGGAUUUUCUUUUUUCCCCCAUAAAUUGUUAUACUAUAUAUAUCGUAUUGUGUGUUGUAUAUUUCAUACUGCCUCACAGUCUCUACCCUUGUUUUCCUUGCAUAAACAAAUAGUUAGAAAAGGUCCUCCGAUUAUUAUUGUUAUUUUACCAAAGUGUACAAUAGCUAUUGCAAAGCUUGUAGUGCCUUUAUUUUUCACACUGAAUAUGUUUUAAAGUGAUUCGUGGUAACAACAACAAAAAAAUAUUAAAAUGAUUUUACGAGCAGGGGUUUCUUUAGCACCCUAUAAACCAAUAAUUGCUAACCUUUGACAUUCCAGCUGUUAUUGACUUUAUUUUACACUCUGCCAGUUAGCCAACUAGAUCCAGUGUCAGGAGAAAUAACAAAAGAAAAGGUUGUCAAUUGUUGCCAUAAAGCAUUGCCCACUCCUUAAAUACAUUUACAUAGUGUAACACUGGGAUAACAUCUGCUCUACAAUUAACAACAACAACAAAAAAAGUACAUUUUGGUUUAGCCCCCCAAAAAUCAGUACAUUAUAUAAUAAUAGUACAUUACUAAUGGUUAAAAAAACAAUCUGUUUAGAAAUUAUGAAAUGUGACGCUUGAUAUUUUAUGGUGUUUAAUUAUUAUUAUUUUUUUAAUUUAUGUUUAUAGGACAUAAAAUGCAGACCUACUUGGUAUUCCUCCUUGCCGGAGCGUUCUUCUCUCUCACCAACUCCCAAGAUGCUGCAGAGGAGGUGAGAAAUUCACAUGAUUUCUACCAAUAAAUAUUUUGUAUCUCAGCGUUGUAAACAAACAAAAAUAACAGCGAAAGUGUAAAAUUUCAAAGCUGUAAUGAAGUGCGUUAGCUUGUGGAUUCGCAAUGGUCAGAGAUCCGACAAAAUCGAAAUGUCACUUUCUAUGAUUUGCUUAUAUGUGUGUGAUAUAUUUGACCUGUGUUAAUGUGUGUGAUGCAUACCAUUUAAAUGCAUGUGGUGGUGGGUUGUUAAAGUGUCUUCAUUAUUAUUUUAUUAUUUUAUUAUUUAUAUAGUGCCAUCAGAUUCUGUAGCGCUGUACAAAGAGGCAGUUCUACAGAAACUGUACACAUUUGACGCUGGAUGAUGCGUGGAGAAAAACCCAAAUGAUACUGUUUGAUAAUAUGAGUAAAUACUGUCAUCUGUUGAUGCGGUGGACUGCACGUUUCUGAUGGCUGCCCAGCUAGAAUUCGCACUUUACAAAUCAAAUAAAAAAAUGUAUUUUCAUUUUUUUUCACUUUCAAUCAGAUGUAACUUACUUUAAACGUUUUAUCUCCUGCUCUGUAAAUUCAACUUUAACCCCUUAAGGACACAUGACAUGUGUGACAUGUCAUGAUUCCCUUUUAUUCCAGAAGUUUGGUCCUUAAGGGGUUAAUAGCUUGCCAGACUCUGCUUUUGCAGGGUCUGGCAAGCUAUUAACAGAGCAGGAGAUAAGACAUUCUAAAUUAAACAGACUGUACAAUAAAGAAAGUAUAAACAUUAGACUACUCUUCACAGGAAGUGAAUAGGAUUUAACUCCUAAAUAGCAGAGAAUUGAGCAGUGAGACUGCUGGGACAUGAUCUAUAAACCAAAACCGCUGCAUUAUGCUAAAGUUGUUUUGGUGACUAUAGUGUCCCUUUAAUAUUUCAGGCCUCAGUCGGAUUCUUAUACUCCAGAAAGUGGUGAGUCUGUUCCACUGACUAUGGGGAUCAUCUGUCCACUAAUCUGAAUCAGACAGUUCACUUGAAUUUUUUUUUUCUGACAUGUCUUGCUACAGAUGUGUAGAAGCAACCUGUUCCAAUUAUUAUCUAAAUAUAAAUAGCAUCUAAAAAAAAUCUGUACUCUGCAACAAAUUAAGACUUUUAUGAUUCCGCUAAGUCCACGUGGCCACGUUCUCUGCUUUCUCUAUUUUCUACUAUACAGUACAAGCAAAAGGAUUGUAAUUUACAAGACAGGGCUGAUAAGUUGCACCUCGGCUGCAAUCACUAGUCAAGUAUUAAAGUGGUUUAAAGAAACGUACCAAGCAGGGGAAGGCUGGUACCUUUUUUGGCUUGGUGGCAAGUACAAAUGAAUAACCUUUUUUGUGCAUGAAACCCACAGAUCUCAAUGAAUGAAUACUUAUAUAAAGAAUUCAAUAUGUACAGAUAUGACAGAUAAAUGGUGUGUGGUAUGAUUGUCAUGAUCAAUGUCUCAUCUCUCCAGUGACAUCACACAUCCUCAUUAUAGUCUGGCAGCUUGUUUAGCAUUAAAGGACCACUAUAGUGCCAGGAAAACAUACUCGUUUUCCUGGCACUAUAGUGCCCUGGGGGUGCCCCCACCCUCAGGGACCCCCUCCCGCCCGGCUCUGGAAGGGGGAAAGGGGUAAAAACUUACCUUUUUCCAGCGCUGGGCGGGGAGCUCUCCUCCUUCUCUCCUCCUCCGAUCCGCCCCGUCGGCUGAAUGCGCACGCAUUCAGCCGGUCACAUAGGAAAGCAUUCAUAAUGCUUUCCUAUGGACGCUGGCGUGCUCUCACUGUGAGAAGCACGCAAGCGCCUCUAGUGGCUGUCAAUGAGAAGGCUUAACCCAUUAAUAAACACAGCAGUUUCUCUGAAACUGCUAUGUUUAUAAAAAAUGGGUUAACCCUAGAAGGACCUGGCACCCAGACCACUUCAUUAAGCUGAAGUGGUCUGGGUGCCUAGAGUGGUCCUUUAAUUACCAGAGUCCACCAGGAAAUAUACCAUGGGCCACUCCUGGCCUGGAGAGCUUCGAGAGCACAGGCCACCAGCCCAUAUACAAACCCACGCAGUACCAGGAUAGACAGCUCAACACACUUUUAGCUAAUUUAAUUUUCAGAAUUGUUUGAGGCCCCCUUGCCAGGCUUUCCAUGAUAGUGUUUCAGUGGACGUUUGCCCCUUUGCCCUUCUUGCCAGUCCUACAAUGACUCCAAGCACUAUAACAAUUACAGCACACUGUACUUGCUAAGGUGACAGGAGUGCUAAUUUGACUUACCUGGUGCCUGCCGAGUGCCAAUCACUUCCACCAGUGAGAGCUUGAAGCUCCUACAUGGAGCUUGCAUUUUCUCUGCUGAGCCAAACUGUGGUGUGCAGGGCUAGCUCAUAGGUUGAGAGCAUCUGCUGAUCACUCUUGGCCUAUGCACUGCCGUACUUAACUCAAUACAAACAGAUUCCAACUCCAAAAGAGGUGCCUGAUGGACCCCGGGCAAGUUGUCAGCUGGAUUUCUAAUAAUAGGUUUUCCAUGGCACUUCUGGCACCAUAACCACUACAGUGUACUGUAUUUGUUAUAGGGUUUGGAGGGCACUAUAGGCCUAAACUGCACUGAUGUAUAAAUUGUAUUCAUAUUGUAUUACAGAACUCACACUAAUUGUAAGUGUUAUAAAGGCAGAAUAGAUUAUGGAACAAGAGCAAGAUAUAGUUCAUAAUGCUGUAUUUGAUUAAAUGACUUCCCUAGGCAGGAAAAACAAUAUUUUUUAAUACGCUUAUUGAACAGAACUCUUUCCGUUGCAGAAUGUAAAAUCUCAAAGGAUGACCUACUGAGUGUUGCACAGCCCUGUAGAUGAACACGUCUCCCAAUACUUUAAAUACACUGGGAUACAUUGAUCAUAUCUCCAUGUAGCUAUCACUAUAUAUUUUCACAGUAACUAUUUAUAAAUUGUGCUGCUAGUCUCUAAUUUGUUUCCUAUCUUCUAUGGUCUUUACCUAGAGAUAAAAGCACUAAUUUUAAAUAAUUGCAAUAUUUACCUAUAUUACAUUAGUGAAAACAAAAACAUCUAAUAUAUGUGGAAGUUUAUAAUAUAUAAUAUAAUAAUAUAGAAUAAUAUAUUCAAAGUGAACCUAUAUAAAAUGUACUUACUUUAACUUGCUCCCAUAUAUAUUGAAUACACCAUAUUUCACAAAGACACAUGGUGUAUUUAAUGUAAUAACAUUAAGAUUUACUCACUUUUACUUUAUUCCAGCACUACUAUCUCUAUGCUUUGUGUUUGUCCAGACUGUCCUCUGCUCCUCUGCUCUACCUCGUUCCGCUUUCAUUUGCCUUGAGUUGGGAUGCAACCUGAAGCAGGGCAAAUUUUGUCAGUGACCUUGGCACACUGACUUGGUUGUCAACAUGCUGGCAUCAGAAGAGUAGCGUCAUGUCACUUUGUUUCUAUACUCCCUAGCUGGUGCUAGAAGCACCAACCAGGGAGAUUCCAUAAUGCUGUGGUUGCUAUGGGUGGAGAGCAGAGGGAUCUCCUGUGGAAUUGACUGACGGCUUGGCGUAAAAACUAUUUUUAAAUAGUUUUUUCUCCUAAUCUAUACAUCUGCCAUUUGCGAGACAAACUGCUGGCAUAUUGUAUAGAUAACAUUUUAGGCAGUUAUCAUUCACCAGAGUUCGGUUCCUGUUCGAUUACCAGGGCAGGAACACCCUCUCCCAAUGCUCAGACUUGAGUAACCCAUUUUAUCCAGCCACUGGACAGGGUACCUUCUACUGCUGUGACAAUAACUGCAAAACAGAACACAAACACCAAAACCAAAGAAAAGGAGGAAGAACACAAAUACCACAACCAAAGGAAAUUUGGAAGAACACAAAUACCACAACCAAAGGAAAGGAGGAAGAACACAAGCACCACAACCAAAGAGAAGGAGAACACAAACACCACAACCAAAGAGAAGAAAAAGAAAGAGCAGAAAGAAGGAGUGUAAAGAAAAAUAGCAAGAGGAGCAAUAGACAUAAGGAAGGGAGGUUGGGCGGGCGGGAGAUUUACACACUUUUGCCCAGAGCCAAAAAGGAGGAGGGGUGGUAAGUUGCAACAAUUUAUACUUUCUUUAAAACAUAAUUAACCAAUCAAAUACUGCCUUACAAAACUGCCCCUGGACAGUCAUGCAAUGCAGUUGGGGCCCAUCGUGGCCCAUGUCACCUUAACAAUGCCUUGGACUGUCUUUCUAAGUGUAUGUCUAAGUAUGAAUGAGCCCAUCUGGAUCAUAGUGGACUUGUAUUGUACACAGGCGUGCUGCGGCAGUAAGUGUAAUCCUUACUCCAGUAAAUGCUUCAAUAACAUUUAUUGUGGUGAAGAAAUUAAGAAAGGAGUGAGUGACCGAGCUAGCGUGAUUGGUGGAAUCUCCCAAACUCCCAUUCUUAAGUGGCUGUAAUGAAUGGAAAUUGGAUUUACUUGCAUCACAGCAGUGAAGAAAUUUGUCCAGAAACCCUUUUAGUAUCAGAGAUGUGAACUAAAGGGGUUAAUAUUAGAGGUCAAAAUGUAAUUAACGAUAUUCAAACAAACUAAAACAGCCCCCCAAUGAAGUGAACCAAGCAUGGUAAGGAAGACACGUUCAGAACAAAUGGUCCAAAUGAAACAAAGUUUUCUUCUGCUCUCGAGUAAUAAUCGAGUGGAUUGAUUAAAAGUGGAUUGGAUUACCAAACUUCUGGAAUAAAAGGGAAUCAUGACAUGUCACACAUGUCAUGUGUCCUUAAGGGGUUAAUCUUUUCCCUAGUCAAUAUGGAAAUAUUCCCUAAGUCAGAUAUACGUUCAGUUUGGCUAAUGUGGCUCUAAAUGUAAAAUUCACUUUGAAUUCUCAUUUUUGUGAGACUAUCUGUACGCCACACAAAGAUAUGGGAUUCUAUAACAGUUAGAGAAAAGUCAGACUCCUUCUGGAGGAACAUUUUCACAGUACUUAGUGGCCGCUGUGACGAUGUGCCCUUCGCCACUUGGUCCUGGAGAAGCCUGCUUGCCAGCCUCCUCCCCUGUGACUAUGACUCUUUCAUGUAUUUGGCUUUAAAGCCCCUAGUCUACCUUCAGACAGACUAUUUAUGUAGGCUGCUUUAUUUAUCUUAUGUUUUAGUCACCCUGUACCCAUUAUAGGUGCAGGGUGUGUGUAAUGCAAUUGUUUAUAGUGUGUGUGUGUACUGUGAAAUGUAUUGCCUGCUCUCCUGUACUGCUGAGGUUUGCUACCAACUAAGUGGAUUUGACUAUGGAGCUUGUCUAGUGCCCUCUGUUGGUAGCAACAGCAAUAUGCACUACCUGAAUUGCAAGACUGGUUCAUUUGCAUAUUCGGGUAGAUUUGCAUAUUGCUAAUUCUGCAGGCAGGUGAGAUAUUUACUGUUAAAUAUUGUCUCCCCCACCCCUUUAAAAAUGUGCCAUUGUGUUGUGAUAAGUCACUGUGUGUUGCCUGCUAUGGUUUGACUGUUUUUUAUUUUAUUGAGGUUUCACAACAAUGUUAUUGUGGUGACCCUAUGGGCUGGUCCCAAGGGAAAUAACGGUUUAGACAGUUCUUCUUGAUCCCUCUAAAUGUAUCCUUGUCUUGUUAUUGUAGGGAGCUGUUAUAAACACACUAGGGAUUGUUAUGCUCUGCAUGUUCCCCUGAGCUUAAAUUACUUAUCUGUUUUAAGAGCUUGUUGGAAGGAAGAGUUCUUUCCCACACAGUCCUGGAGGACAGAAGCUGAUCCAGGGUGGAAGGAAGACGGCGAGACUCCAGUCAAGAUACAGCGGUUGCGGAGUCUGCGGUGGUUGUGGUGUCUGCUGCACUGCUUGGAGUCCUCAGGAAGCGCUAGGAGCAUCCGUCAACGGAGGGUACUCAGUCGGAGUACAAGGAGCUCCGUUACACCCGCUAUAAACCAAUUUAGUGCUAAACAAAAUGAAUUCUAUAUUUCUUCAUAUCACAAAAUUACUCAAGACCAAAAAAUAUAAAGAAACAAAAAAUGCUUUUUCUUCCUUUUUUUUCUAAUUUUUCAUGGAUUUUGAGCUGAUUUUAAGGUUUCCUCAUUUUGCAGGUCCCCACGUCACAGGUAGAGGAAGAAGAAGAUCCAUUCUACAAGAGCCCAGUUAACAGGCUUGCGUCCUCGGCAUCCAAUUUUGGUUAUGAUCUUUACCGUAUACAAGCAAACAAGUAUCCAACUAGCAACAUCUUUAUGUCACCACUGACCAUCGCCACCGCGCUCUCCAGCCUUUCUCUGGGUGAGUUUUUGAUCUAUUAGGACAGCAUGAAGUAAUUGUACAUCUUGAAAAGACUCUCAGUGCAUCAUGUCUAUAGUGUUGGCAUCUCUGAAUUCAUCAGAGUAAUUAAUCAGAGUAAUUAAUCAUGUUGAGCAAAUAGAGAAAAGAACUAGCAACUAUAAAAUAAAGCUUGUGAAAAAUAAAACCUGUUAAUUACAUAAUCAGUAGAGAGGCUGGCACUGCUAAUAGUGUACAUGGAUCCCGGCUGGUAUAUGUAACCUGGUAUUAGUAAUUCUGGUUCUCUGGUAACAUGUGUAACUAGGUAUUAGCAAUUCUGAUUCUCUGGUAGUAUGUGUAACCUGGUAUUAGUAAUUCUGGUUCUCUGGUAGGAUGUGUAACCUGGUAUUAGUAAUUCUGGUUCUCUGGUAGGAUGUGUAACCUGGUAUUAGUAAUUCUGGUUCUCUGGUAGUAUGUGUAACCUGGUAUUAGUAAUUCUGGUUCUCUGGUAGUAUGUGUAACCAGGUAUUAGUAAUUCUGGUUCUCUGGUAGUAUGUGUAACCUGGUAUUAGUAAUUCUGGUUCUCUGGUAGUAUGUGUAACCUGGUAUUAGUAAUUCUGGUUCUCUGGUAGUAUGUGUAACCUGGUAUUAGUAAUUCUGCUUCUCUGGUAAUAUGUGUAACCAGGUAUUAGUAAUUCUGCUUCUCUGGUAAUAUGUGUAACCAGGUAUUCGUAAUUCUGGUUCUCUGGUAGUAUGUGUAACCUGGUAUUAGUAAUUCUGGUUCUCUGGUAGUAUGUGUAACCUGGUAUUAGUAAUUCUGCUUCUCUGGUAAUAUGUGUAACCAGGUAUUAGUAAUUCUGCUUCUCUGGUAAUAUGUGUAACCAGGUAUUAGUAAUUCUGGUUCUCUGGUAGUAUGUGUAACCUGGUAUUAGUAAUUCUGGUUCUCUGGUAAUAUGUGUAACCAGGUAUUAGUAAUUAUGGUUCUCUGGUAGUAUGUGUAACCUGGUAUUAGUAAUUAUGGUUCUCUGGUAGUAUGUGUAACCUGUUAUUAGUAAUUAUGGUUCUCUGGUAAUAUGUGUAACCUGGUAUUAGUAAUUCUGGUUAUCUGGUAAUAUGUGUAACCUGGUAUUAGCAAUUGUGGUUCUCUGGUAGGAUGUGUAACCUGAUAUUAGUAAUUCCGGUUCUAUGGUAGUAUGUGUAACCUGGUAUUAGUAAUUCUGGUUCUCUGGUAGUAUGUGUAACCUGGUAUUCGUAAUUCUGGUUCUCUGGUAGUAUGUGUAACCUGGUAUUAGUAAUUAUGGUUCUCUGGUAGUAUGUGUAACCUGGUAUUAGCAAUUCUGGUUCUCUGGUAGUAUGUGUAACCUGAUAUUAGUAAUUCUGGUUCUCUGGUAAUAUGUGUAACCUGGUAUUAGUAAUUCUGGUUAUCUGGUAAUAUGUGUAACCUGGUAUUAGCAAUUAUGGUUCUCUGGUAGUAUAUGUAACCAGGUAUUAGUAAUUCUGGUUCUCUGGUAGUAUGUGUAACCUAGUAUUAGUAAUUCUGGUUCUCUGGUAAUAUGUGUAACCUAGUAUUAGUAAUUCUGGUUCUCUGGUAAUAUGUGUAACCUGGUAUUAGUAAUUCUGGUUCUCUGGUAGUAUGUGUAACCUGGUAUUAGUAAUUCUGGUUCUCAGCUAGUAUGUGUAACCUAGUAGUAAUGACUCUAGUUACCUGCUGGUAUGUGUAACCUGCUAGUAGAGCCCCUGAUUACCACCUAGUGUGUGUAAUCUGGUAGCACAGCUCAUGACUACCUCUCAGUAUUCAUACAAGUAGGAAUCCAAUUGGUAUACCACCCAACGAAAAAGGGGGAUGGAAAAAAUACACUACAACGUAGAACGUGGCAAAAGAGUGCAAAUAAUAGAAAAAUGCAAUGUUCAAUAGAAAUAAAUUUUUAUAUAGAGGUCAACAUGUAAUGAGUAAUGAACUGUUAGAUAAACAUUGUUGGUUAUUAAAAUUAAUUAGUGGUUACCCAAUGAGGGUUAAUUAGUAUUAGCAAUGUAAAGGGUGGAUAUUUAGCAAUCAGCUCAGAUUAAAGUGGGCUGUCGUUUACGAAACUUAUAGGGCACAGCAUCAGUGGUAGGCAUGCCUGGAUUGUGAAGUAUCAUGUGCCCUCCACAACUCAUUUCCCCCUAAGCCCCCAUAUCCAAUGUCAAAUGUCCACCACAUCCCUCUUAUUCAAUGUCAUAUCUAUGUCCACCACAUCCCUCUUAUUCAAUGUCACAUGCCCAGCAAAGACCUCCACUAUUCAUAUCUUUCACAUCCCCCACUCCAGUACCCAAUGCAACAUGUCCUCCACAUCCAUCCAUUACUCAUAUCCCUCCAUUGCCCCCCAAUAUCCAAUGUCACAGGUUCUCCACAGACCUCCAUUACUCAUAUUUCCCCACAGUCCUCGAUAUCCCAUUACACAUGUCCUGGCAUGCUGAGAAGUAGGGGAGAUGGGGCUAAGAAUGAAUACAGGCUAAAAUAAGACCUGUAGAUUUCCAGGGGCCCACUUGGUCCCAAGUAUGUGUAACCAAAGAGUAGUGGCCUGGAUUAAGUGUUAGUUUUUUGUUACCUGGUAAUAAUCCUUCCACUUACUGAUAGUUUGUGUGACCUGUUAGCAGUACCCAUGAUUAAGUGCUAGUAUAUGUAACCUGGUAGUUAAAGCUCCACUUACCCACUAGUAUGUGUAAGCUAUUAGUAGCACCCUUGCUUAUCUGGGAGUAUGUUUAACCUGGUAGUAGUGCUCCUAGUUUUUCAUGCUUGUAUAGUAAACUGGGUGAUUAGUAGAAUUGUUUCUGGCUCACCCAAUGCUGCAGAACUUUGUUUGAGUCUGUGAUCCCUGCUGGCAGUAGUAAGUAGCAGUAAGGAAAUGAGGUUGGCACACAUGGAUCUCUAAAAGGCCAAAGCAAAAAAUAAAGCUUACAUUUUCUCAGUAAUGUUUUUAUUGCUGUAUAAACUCUACUGCUUCGUCUUUACCAGUUAUCUGUUUGCAAAUUAUUUACUGUGCUACAGAAAUCCUUUUAUAUCCAUGCACCUGCUUUCCCCUGCUGUACUCCUAUACAUCUAUCUGCAUCUUCAUCUCCACAACCCUUAUUUUUUUCUGGCUCGUUGUUCUCGUUUGUGGUUGUGCUAAUUUUUCCUCAGUUUGCUGUGACUAGAACAAACUCCAUUAUAACCUCCAGUCAGGGGCCUUCUUCACUGUUUUUGGCAAAGUCCUAGAAAACUAUGUAUUCGCAAAUUCCUUUUGUGAUCCUUCAUAGUUGUUUUGUUUUCUGACCUUAAUUGACCUCUUUCUCACUAGUACUCUCAGAGCAACUCAUCUGACCUCAUUACUCUGUCACUUUAUUCCCAAUUCUCACCCUGGCUAUCUAUCAUGACGACAGCUACUUAUCUUUUAACCAGUUGCCAAUAUUAAUCUUGUUUUAUUUCACCUGAUUCUAUAGGUUAAUUUGCUGACGUAUAAUGUGCUCAGUGAUGAAUAUAUACAGUGACCUGCAUGAGAAAGCUAUAUAACUUAUGGAAAUGAAAUAUAUGUAAUCAUUGCAGACACAAAAUCCCAUCAACCCAAACACCUAUUUCACACUUUUGAUGCUCUUCUUCACCCUUUUACUCCCCCUCCUUCUACCACCUUGUCCACCACAAACUUUGCAUCUCACUUCACUGAGAAGAUCUCUACAAUCAGAGAAGAGAUCGCUAAUCUCUCUCCUUCCCCUACCAAAACAUCACCCAACCCCACUCCCUCCACCAUUCUGCACUCAUUCGCACCUGCUACAGCAGAAGAGGUUCGUGCUCUGCUCCGGUCCUCCCGCCCCACCACCUGUUCCCUUGAUCCUAUUCCCUCGCAUCUCAUACGCACUUUGUCUCCCUCUCUUGCUCUUCCUCUCACUAAAAUAUUCAAUCUCUCCAUUUCCUCUGGCACAUUUCCCUCUCCCUUCAAACAUGCAACUGUAACCCCAAUUCUGAAAAAGCCCAGCCUUGACCCCAGCUCACCAUCCAACUACCGCCCUAUCUCGCUAUUGCCAUUUGCCUCCAAGAUCCUCGAGAGAGUUGUGUACAUCAGACUGACUGACUUUCUCAAAUCCAUCUCUCUGCUUGACCCGCUUCAGUCUGGAUUCCGCGCUGGUCAUUCUGUCGAAACCGCUGUGACCAAAGUAUCCAAAGAUCUAAUCGCUGCUAAAUCUUGCGGCCAUUACUCUAUCCUAAUUCACCUUGAUCUUUCUGCUGCCUUUGACACUGUUGAUCAUCAACAGUUUCUUUGCAUUCUUCAUAAUUUUGGUCUACGGGAUACUGCUCUCUCCUGGUGCUCCUCCUACCUCUCCCAGCGCCGUUCAGUGUUUCUUUCUCUGACUCUGUCUCUUCACCCCAACCACUCUCUGUCGGCGUCCCCCAAGGUCCUGUCCUUGGUCCCCUACUGUUCUCUAUCUAUACUGCCUCCCUUGGGAAACUCAUCAGCUCCUUUGGCUUCCGUUAUCAUUUCUAUGCGGAUGACACGCAAAUCUACCUGUCCUCUUCUGAUCUCUUUCCACCCAUCUUGACUCGUGUCUCUGACUGCCUCUCUUCGAUCUCCAACUGGAUGACUGCUCACUUCCUUAAACUCAAUCAGUCGAAAACAGAACUUCUGUACUUUCCUCCCUCAAGUGUUACUACUCCUGUGUCUGUCUUCCUCCCAGUCAACGGCGCUACCAUCAUCUCUACCUCGCAGGCUCACUGCCUGGGUAUUCUUUUUGACUCCAACCUCUCCUUCAUCCCUCAUAUCCAAUCAAUCACCAAAUCCUGUCGCUUCCAUGUCAAAAACAUAGCGUGCAUUCGCCCCUAUUUAACCCCAGAUGCGGCUAAGGUGCUGGUCCAUGCUCUUGUUCUCUCUCGCCUUGACUUCUGCAAUACCCUUCUCAGUGGUCUUACAAGUUUUCCAGAUUGCACCGCUGCAAUCUAUAAUGAAUGCGGCGGCGAGGCUCAUUUUCCUGUACGCUCACACCUCCCACGCCUCCCCGCUCUGUCAGUCCCUGCACUGACUUCCAGUUAAAUAUAGGGCUCAAUUUAAAAUUCUGGUGCUUGCUUACAAGUCCCUACAUAAUGCUGCUGCAACCUACCUAUCCUCCCUAAUACACAAGUAUGUCCCAUCGAGGCCCCUACGCUCUGCCAAAGACCUACGUCUAUCCUCUGUCCGUACUCCCACCUCUGAUGCUCGCCUCCAAGAUUUCUCCAGGGCUGCACCUCUUCUGUGGAAAGCCCUUCCCUUCUCCGUAAGACUUUCACCCAGUCUCCACUCAUUCAAAAAUUCAUUGAAAACUCACUUCUUCAAGAAAGCAUAUCAGUUAAACUGUAAGCAGGUUUUUAUCCCCCACCCCCAUGACUCCUCUCCUGCAACUGUCAAAAAUGACCAACUAAGCCCUCAAUUAAUACUUUUCUAACAAUCUACUUCGUACCCAUACUUUUACCCUCUGUGUCACUAUACCCCACUCCCUCUAGAAUGUAAGCUCAUUGAGCAGGGGCCUCCACCUCUCUGUUCCUGUACGUCCAAUUGUCUGGUUAAAUUACAUGUCUGUUAGUCCACCUAAUGUACAGUGCCACGGAAUGUGAUGGCGCUAUAUAAAUAAUAAAAUAAUAAUAAUAAAAUGCCUAAAAAAAAUAAAAUAAGUGGCAAUACAAACAAAAGAAAGAGAGACUGGGUAAAUGAAAAGGCAAAAGAAGGAGCAAAGUCAAAGGUACAAAAAAAAAAGAGAGAGGAGGAACAUUAACAAAACAAAAAAUGAAACAAAACAAAACAAAAAACCCACCACAAAAUACAAAUAUCAUCAAUAAAACCAAAGAAAGAGAGACUGUAUGAAAAUGCAUAAGUAGGAGCAAAGUUGAAGGGACAAAAAAAAGAGAGAAGAGGAACAUUAACAAAAAAAAUAAAUAAAACGUCAUCAAUAAAACCAAAAAAUGUACAAAGCAAUACAUAAAAAAAUAUUUUGUAUGUUUAAGUAGAACUAUUACUCAUCCAUAUAAAAUCGACUGUUACACGGUAAUGAUUUACAUUCUUUUUCAUUACACAGGAGGUGGGCAAAGGACGGAGUCAUUAAUCCAUAGGUCUCUCUAUUAUGACCUUCUAAAUGAUCCAGAGGUACAUGCCACCUACAAGGAGCUACUUGCAAGCUUUGGCUCAGGAAAAGGGCUGCAAAGUGCAUAUCGGGUUAUUUUAGAAAGAAGUAAGUUAUGCUUUUAUAAAUUUAAUAUGUUUUGUCCUUAAUAUAUGGGUGGCUGUAUAUUUAAUGAUGAGAUGCAUAUUUCUGACAAUAUCACUUAUAUAAAAAUGCUGAUGUUCCAGGUUUUCUAGAAUUAUAUAUAAUACAAGUGAGCAUCCUUUCCUGAUUGCCAGUCCUGUACAUAACACUAAGGGCCAGCAAUACAUUGGACCCACUUGGGUGGCAUUUGGUGGUGGGUAACAUAUCACCUCCCUCACUAAGGUAAUUAACCACAAGUACUCAUUCCCCUGGCUGGCUCUAAUGAGUGACCCUGAGGAAUUAUAAAGAGCCCACCCACACUAAACAUCCCAUUUCGGGGAAACACUAAGGUACAGAAGUAAGAAUGGGUGGGAAAGGGACAAAAGACAAACUGGCAUGACUGAGGAGACAGAGGAAUAACUCAGGUGAGAUGACUACCAAGAAAGUAAAGUGGGAGUGUAUUGAAAUGUGGAGAGAAAUUGAUUAACAAUACCAAGAUGCUGGGGGUUGGGAGACAAUAGUAUGUAAUCAACCUCAGAUUCACAGAAUAUUAAUUGGGGGACAUAGCAAGACUGAAAAUGAACUGGGAUGUGAAGUGCUUCAUAAGAGUGUGGCCUCAGGAGGUGUUUUUUGGGGGCAGGUGAUGGGCUUGGACCCAGGCAGCACAAAGUCUUGGACUGGGUCUGGUGGCAUCAACAUUUUUUUACUGAGAAUCUAUUCCUGGGCAUUCCAUGUAUAUACUAGUGUAGACACCUUUCCAGAGUAACCAGAUAUAGUUGGCACAUUUAUAAACGUUAACCUAAUUUUUCCAAUGCUUAAUCACAUGUAUAUGCCACAUUUUAAUGUUUUUUGGAUAACUAUGCAAUGAAGUCUAAAACAGCAUUGCAUGUCUGUUCCAUUGUUGAGUUUACUCUUGUGUUUAUGUAUAUCUAUGCGUUAUUCCAAUUGCUUCUCUUUCUAGAGCUCAGGAUACGUCAGGAUUUUGCAACUCAGAUGGAAAAGUACUAUGGAAACAAACCGAGAAUAUUAACAGGAAGCAGUCGGCUAGACCUGCAAGAAUCAAAUGAGUUUGUACAAAAGAAGACAGAUGGCAAAGUCGUGAAAUUUUUUAAGGAAAUGCCCCCAAGUAUCAGUAUCCUACUCCUUGGAGCUGCAUACUUUAAAGGUAAACCUAAAAGGUAUAUGGCAGUGUUUAUGUACUAACCUAUGAAAAAUGAAACAGUGAAGUCUCAGACCCACCUAUUUUGCAAUUCUGUCAUUUCAGACUAAGGUAUUAUUGUCUGUUGAUUACCCACAUACCAAUAUUAUAACAAAGACUGUAUGCCCAAAUCUCAAUAAACACAAAGGUUUCGCAGGGAUAGGCAACAUUCGGCAUACAAGGUGUUGAGGACUAGAUCUCCCAUAAUGGUCUUCCAUCCCUAAUGCUGGCUUAGAAUUAGGGGAGAUGUAGCCCGCAACAUCUGGAGUGCCGAAGGUUGUCUACCCCUGAGAUUUAAGGUAGGUAUAUAUAAGGUAGGUUGGGUAUUUAGCCAUGGCUUUAUUGACAUUGGAUAACAUGUACUAAAGAAGAAUAUAACAGUAGUUGUAGCCCUCAUACGAUGAUAUCCACCAUAAGAUACUAUAUUUGCAGCACAAUAGACUUCUUUUUGUUUUCUGUUUGUGUCUGUCUGUGUCUAGCUACAGUGCUUUGUCUUGCAUUGUUUUCAAUUUAUUUAACAUGUGUUUACAGUUGUGUGUGUCAGGGUUCCAAGUGGAUGUGUCCCACAGAUGGAAAAAAACAGCUCAGAUUUCAUUCACCAAAUUAAAAUGUUUUGUUGGUAAAGAAUAACUAAAAUGCAGCACAUUUAAAGAAAACCCUACUUUGUCACAGUAUUCUUUUUAAUGUCACACUAUGUUCUCUUUAAAGUAUGAAGUACAGAGAAUAUAUGAUUUCUGUGAUGUAUUUUCUUUUAACACAGUAGGGACUAUAAAACAUCUCUGAAUUUAUAACAGGUCAGUGGGCACACAAAUUCAAUCCUCGGGAAACUGUCCAGCGUGAAUUCCACAUUGAUGAGCAGAACACUGUUACCAUUCCAAUGAUGACAGCCAAGAACAUCCCAGUGAGAUACGGCUUGGACUCUGAUUUUAACUGCAAGGUGAGAUGUGUCCCUUCUUAAUCUUUCUGUUUAUUAAUUUGAAAGCAACUAAAUCCUUAAAUAGACAUCUUGACUCCCUCUUUAAAUAACAGUUAGACCACUUUAGGAUGCUGCUAGCAUUCCCAAUUCUAACAAAAUAUGCAAAUAUCUAAUAGACAUAUAUAUAUAUAUGUUUAUGAUGUAGAUCCAGCUUCUUAAAUGAACACAUUGGGCUGCAGUUGACCCUACUAUAUGCAGAAUCAGUUGGCAGUAUAUAAAUGCAAAUAAUAAUAAUAAUUAUUAUUAUUGAUGCAUUUAUGUGACAAUGUGUUAAAAUUGGAAAACUAAAAUAUAGAAUGAAAUACUUUCUGUCAACAUUCCAAGUUGACAGCAACAAGGGCUGAAAAAUAUUAGCAAAUCCCCUUGAGCCUUGGACAUAAUCCCGUAUAGUUACUUCUCCUCGUCGGCUCACCUCCCCAUGGAAUCUCGUAACAAUGUAUAUGUGGUAUGUGCGCGGUUGUUGAAGUAUGGGUAUUUUUGGUAUCUACGCAGGCUGCCCUCUUUUCUAUGGUUAUUUCUCACAUGGUCCUUCUUAUACCUUCUCACUCUUUUCUAUAUAGAGUGUUAUAGAAUAUGGGCAUAUUUUAUAUGGUCUCCCCCCCCAUGAUAUGGGGUUAAAUGACGACUAAGGUGGGAGGUUGGUGACUCCGACUAAUUCAGGACAAAAGGGGAAAUCGGGGUAAGAGUUGGUAAAAGGACAACCUGUGGAGACUGACGAAGGGUAUAGUUUACUACCCGUACUGUGUCAUAAUAGUAUAUUAAUACACUGUGAAUUGAUAGGCUGUUUGUUGUCUUUGUUUUUUGUAAUAUGUGUUAAAAAAAAUAAAUAUUAGCAAAUCCUUGGUCUCCUGUCAAAUAUAUGAAAGUAGCACUUAAUAUGCAUUAUACUGAUAUGGCAAACACUUAAAGGGACACUAUAAGCAACAAAACAAAUUUGGCUUAAUGGAGUGGUUUUGGUGUAUAGCUUAUGCCCCUGCAGUCUCACUGCUCAAUUCUCUGCUUUUUAGGAUUUAAUUCACUUACUUUAUGCAGGCCUAGCCACACCUCCAGUGUAGGUGACCUACAUAGUCUCCCUGCACAUUUCCUAUAAAGAGAGAGCUCAUGUUUAAACUUCCUUUAUUGUACAGUUUAUUUAAUUUAAAAUGUCUUAUCAAAUACUCUGUUAAUAGCCUAGUGGAGCCUGCAGGAGCCUCCUGAGUGUGAUUAACAUUCAUUAAUGGAAUAGGAGAUAACUAAAGUAAACACACUGUACUGAUUGGAAAUAAGACAAUUUUUUCAUUCAGGCUCUGUGAGUAACAACCAUUGAAGGUGUGGCUAGGGCUGUAUAAACAGAAACAAAAUUAAUUUAACUCCUAAAUGGCAGAGAAUUGGGCAGUGAGACUGCAGGUGUAUGAUCUAUACACUAAAACUGCUUUCAUCAGGGCAAAACAUUACAUGUUAUGUCCUGAUUAUUAUUAGUAUUACUGGUAUUUAUAUAGCGCCAGCAUAGUCCCUAGUGCUUUACAAUAUUAUCAAAGGGGGAGAUUUAACAAUAAAUGAGACAAUUACAAAAAUUUACAGGAACAAUAGGUUGAAGAGGGCCCUGCUCAAACAAGCUUACAGUCUAUAGGAGGUGGGGGGUAAAACACAACAGGAAAGGAGGUAGCAAUCAAGAAAUAUAGGAGGGGCUAGAAUUGGUCAGUGCUUUAUAGGUGUGGAUUAGUACCUUGAAUUGACUCCUGUAGGAUACAGAAAGCCAAUGUAAGGACUGACAGAGGGGAGAGGUGUGAUAGGAGCAACAGGAGAGGAAAAUCAGUCUAGCUGCAGCAUUCAUUACAGACUGUAGUGGGGCAAUACAACUUGUGGGAAGACCUAUUAGGAGAGAGUUACAAUAAUCCAUGCAAGAGAUUACUAGAGCAUUGACAAGCUGCUUUGUAGCAUCUUGCGUAUGAAAGGGAAAGAUGCGGGCUAUGUUAUUAAGGUGGAAUCUGCAGGAUUUGGUAACUGGCUGGGUGUGAGGCUCAAAUGUGAGACCAGAAUCAAGUAUAAUGCCAAGACAGCGCAUUUGCAAGGAUGGACUGAUGUGGGUAACACUAACUUGAAGAGUGAGCGAAAGAGGAGGAUCAGAAUUAGGAGGAGGAAAGACAAGGAGUUCAGUUUUAGAGAGAUUGAGUUUCAUAAAUCGGGAGGACAUCCAGUCAGAGAUGGAAGAAAGGCAAGCAGUGACACGUUGCAGGAUGGCAGGGUAUAGGUCCGGGGAGGAGAAGUAUAUCUGAGUGUCAUCAGCAUACAGGUGGUAUUGGAAUCCAAAUGAGGUAAUAAGUUUGCGAAGAGAGGCAGUAUAAAGAGAAAAUAGAAGGGGACCAAGGACAGAGCCUUGGGGGACUCCAACAGAGACAGGACGAAGGGAGGAGGUUUCAUUAGAAAAGGAGACACUAAAUGAACGUUGGGAUAGAUAGGAGGAAAACCAAGAUAGGACAGUGUCAUAGAGACCGAGUGAUUGAAGAGUUUGAAGAAGGAGAACAUGGUCAACAGUGUCAAAGGCAGCAGAGAGGUCAAGAAGAAUUAGUAUGGAGUAGUGGCCUUUAGAUUUAGCUGUGAUUAGGUCAUUAGUGAAUUUAAUAAGAGCCGUCUCAGUAGAGUGGAGAGGGCGGAAGCCAGACUGAAGAGGGCCAAGGAGUUGGAAUUGAGGAAACAAGUCAGACGAGUAAAGACAAGUCUUUCCAGAAGCUUUGAGGAAAAAAAAGGAGGGAUACGGGAUGAUAGUUAAGGGGAGGAUGGGUCAAGUGAUGUUUUUUUCAAGAUGGGUACUGCAGUAGCAUGUUUAAGGGCAGCAGGGACAACACCAGAAGAGAGAGAGCAGGUGUUAAGGAAGGCACAAGACAAGAGGAGAGAGAUCUGAUAAGGUGAGACAGGACAGGAUCAAGCGGGCAAGGUGGGGAGAAAGGAAAUGAGAUUUAAAGAUAUAAGGGUAUGUCAUAAAUGGUGAACAUAAAUUAACAUGGCUAUGAGCACAAUACCUCUAAACUAACACAAAUAGGGCUAGGUCAUAAAUGGUGGACAUAAAUUAACGAUUAGCACAAUACUUACAAAAUAAACAAUUAUCAAACCAAGAGCUGAGCAUGGAAGGUACAAAGUUAACAAUGAAGCAGUAAUAUUGUAGGGGAGAGAAGUAAAAAGAGAAACUAAGAAAUAGAAGAAUAAAAUAAAAUAAGUGGUGCAGGAAAGUUUUUGAUGGGAGCUGAAAUGCUGACUCUUGGAUUUUAACUGAACAAAGAAGAAUUUGUUGGAAUUCCCAGAUUGCUGGUAUCUUAUUGCAGUAUAUUUAUUGUGUUACUGAGCACUGGGUAAUAAAUCAAAUAUUUAAGUUGCAAAGCCACUGGAAACUGACUAUAUAUAUAUAUAUAUAUAUGAAUUAUAUGUAUGUAUCCAGAAUUUCUUAUCUCCUGCUCUGUUAAUAGCUUGCUAGACUCUGCCUCAGCCUCCUGUGUGUGAUUAAAGUUCUAAUUAGAGAGCAGGAGAUACAAACUUUUAAAGUAAGUUAACACACACACACACACUGUAUUUUGAUAUUAUAUAUUAAUAUUAAAAUACACUUAGAAUGAAAUAAUAAUAAAACAUAAAUAUACAGGUAGAUAUAAAUUAUUAUUAUUAUUAUUAUAUAAUAAAUAAAUAUACAGGUAGAAAUAAAAUUAUAUAUUUUUAUAUAUAUAUAUAUAUAUAUAUAUAUACAUACAUAUAAUCUAUUUCUACCUGUAUAUUUAUGUAUUAUUUUUACAUAAUUACGUGAUUUUAUUAAUUAUUUUAGUAAAUAUUAAGGGACCAGUCCAGAGAAUUUAAUUUGCAAGCCCUAUAUUUGACCCAAACCUCCAUAAAACCUGUAGGGGUACUGUUGUACUUGUAAGACAUCACUGAACACAAAUGUGAGUGUUUUAGAGCAGUACAAUUUAUAAUGCUGAUGAUAUCAUCAGUGGAAGUGCAGUUAUUGUGUGAAAAAUGCGAAAAAAACAAAUAUGAACAUUCAUUUUGGCAAGGGUUUGUGACCAAGAUUGAACAUACACAAUUUUGUAAAUCUGUUUUUAUUAGGUAGAGUAAUGGUAAUACAGCUUAUUCGAUUCAGUGUUCAGCAGAUUGAGGUCACGUACGACCUGUGUGUAUCUGCUGCAAUAUGUUCAAAUAAGGCACAAGCAUAACAUUCGUUCCUGAGAACAACUCCGUUGCCACUUAACAUUAUGGCAAUCUAGAUUACCAACAUUCAGAUUAUAUUGCUUAACUAGUACAUAGUUCCUGUCUUUACCCCUCAGAGUGCAUUUAUAUUACGUGAUCGGUCAGCCACGAGCUCUCCCUAGCUUUUUUGUGGGUGUUCGUAGUGGGUGUGGGAACCUAUGAAGGUUGACGUCGUAUGCAGUAUAUUUUAGGUAGCUAUGCGUCGUGUCAGAUACCUAUGGACUUGCUAAACUUAUGUUUUGGUAAAGUGUUUGUGGUAGGUGGUGGGGAGUCAUGGUUACCCUGUCCGUGCUACCUUGUCUGUCCUUGUGCCAUGCGUUUGUUUGUGGGUCUACCUCUUCUAACUGUAUAUCCGUGUUUUGUAGCUCUAAUGGUAGUGUGUCUUGUUUGUUUUUUCCUCGGGGUAUGUGACAAUGGCGUGUCUAUGUUAAGUUGGUUGUGUGCGUGUGUAUAUGGGAAGGAAAGUGGUUGGAUUGUAGUCACUAGAGUCGUGAUAGAGAAAAGAAAAGAAAAGAAAGGAAAAGAUUAAGGGUAGAGUAUUUAGCUAUGAGAGGAGAUAAGGGCUUCACACCGAAGGCCCGGGUCCCCCCCCGCAGGCCUCUCUCGAUUCAUCCUAUCGAAUCCUGGAUAUAAAUGUAAACCACGGGCGCCACAGUUCUGCAUGUUUAUCUCCCCUGCUCAGUAGAGAUGCUUGCAUCGCCUCCGCCCCCUGAAUGCCCUCCACCCUACGAAUCCACUCCUCCACGCUGGGGGUCUCUGUCUUUUUCCAAUAUAUAGGGAUCAGAGCCCUGGCAGCGUUGAGUAAAUGGCGUAAUAUCGACUUUUUAUACCUUGGUAUCGGCAGUUGUGAUAUAUGCAGUAGUGCCAAGGCUGCUGUCCAUGUGGGUAUUUCUCCCAGGACUUCGGUUAUGUUUUGUCGUAUCAUUUCCCAGAAGGGAGCAAGAGUGUUGCACUCCCACCAGAUGUGUAUCAUCGUGCCCUCUUCCUCUUGGCACCUCCAACAGGUCGGGGGGGUUGAUGGGAAGAUCCUAUGGAGGAGGGCUGGCGUUCGGUACCAUAGCGCGAUUAUUUUGUAAUUUGUUUCCUGAUAGAGUGAGCUAGUGCAGCUCUUGUGUUGCCAGAUUAGGGCGGUCUCCCAUUGCGUGGGUGUGAAGGUAGUGUUGAGCAUGGUCUCCCAGUGUCUGCGGAAAGUAUCAUUUUCCGUGAGGUGUCCAACUAAGAGGUGUUGAUAAAAUAUGGAUAUUGCUUUCACCAUAGGAGUGCCUCUCUCGCACAGUGUCUCGAACCACGUUGGGACUCUAUGUAGGCGCUCUUUAUCACGCAUGCGAUUGUAGAAGUGUGUCACUUGCAUAUACCGGAAUGCUAUGAGAUGGGUCCGGGGUGUAUCCCCCAGCAGGGAGUCCAGGGUCCUUAUAUUGCCGUCUUGUAGUAUCUUCAUGAUUGGGAUGUAUUCGCGGCCUCCUCCGAAAGGUAGGGAUGUCGAUGUGAGCCCACCCCCUAUUGCGUCAUUAUAUGUGAUAGACAUCAUGGGGCUCGGUGUGGGCGAGACGUGUACCUGUUCCCUCAUGCGUCUCCAGCUGAUGAGCGUUUGUGCUACAAUUCCCUCCUUUGCCCGGUCUAGGUUUGCGUUCGUCCGUUUCUCCCACACUGCUGCCUGUAGGUGUGCCCCCUGUCCCUCUUGUGCCAGAGAUACCCACUGUUUGCGUUGUUGCGGAUCUGCAUGCAGGUCAAGGAUGCAUUGCAUGACAGUAGCUUGAUGGUAUCUUUUAAAGUCGGGUAGUGCCAGGCCCCCUCUAUGUCGUGGCAAGCAUAGGAUUUCGUGACGGAGUCUUGAGCGUUCGCCUCUCCAGGCGUAGUGGAUGACUGCUGAUUUCAGCUUGGCAAAGAAGGAUGAGGGUAUUGCUAACGGAGUCGUCUGGAACAGAUAUAGGAGUCUCGGUAGGAUGUUCAUUUUCAGGACUGCAACGCGUCCAUGCCAGGAGACUUGUGGAUAUGCCCAUUUAGUUAGGUCCGUCAGUACAGUAUUCAAUAGCGGCGCGAAAUUUUGUGAGUACAAGUCUUUCGGGUCUUUCGUUAUCCAUAUCCCAAGGUAUUUCAUUUUACAUGAACACCACCGGAAGGGGAAUAGUGCUGCUAGUGCUGCGUACUCCUCCUCCGGUAAAGUGAUGUUUAAUACCUCACACUUGGACAGGUUAAGCUUGAAACCCGCCAUUUUGCCAAAGUGUUCAGUUACAGCCAAGAUGUUAGGCAUCGUAAUUCUGGGGUUGGUAACAAAGAACAUAAGGUCGUCCGCGUAUGCGGCCACCUUAUGUUCCGUUCCCCGCCAGGAUAGACCCUGAAUGUCCGGAUGUUGUCUAAUCGUCUGUAAUAGGGGUUCCAGAGAUAGGGCAAAUAAUAAUGGUGAAAGUGGGCAGCCCUGUCGCGUACCAUUAGAGAUCUCGAACUGUGCUGUGAGCGCUCCAUUUACUCUCACCGCGGCCUUUGGUUCGUGGUAUAGUGCGCGUAUCCAUGUGAGGAGUCUGGGUCCCAUCCCCAUUUGGGUUAGGGUAGCAAGCAUGUAGGGCCAUUUCACCCGGUCAAAGGCCUUUUCGGCAUCCGUGGAGAGUAAUAGAAGUUGUUUUCGCGCCGUUCUCGCUCUGUGUUGUAUUGCGAAUAGCCUCAGGGUACUGUCUCUUGCUUCCCGACCGGGGAUGAACCCCGUUUGGUCCUCGUGAACCAGUGAUGGGAGGGCCCUUUGAAGUCUAGUCGCUAGAACUUUCGUGAACAGCUUAGUGUCCACGUUUAGCAAGGAUAUCGGGCGGUAGCUUCCGCAGGCAGUCGGGUCUUUCCCAGGUUUUGGUAGUACAGUUAUUAUAGCUGCCAGGGAUUCUUUUCCAAAUUUUCCCCCCUCGGCCACUGCGUUGAUGGCUUUAGUCAGCCAUGGCAGCAGGAUCGGUGAGAAGGUCUUGUAAUAUCCAGAGGAGAGGCCAUCUGGGCCUGGAGCCUUUCCCGUUUUGGUAGAUUUCAGGGCUGCCUGGAUGUCUUCUGCUGUAAUCUCGGCGUCCAGUUCUUCUGCGGCAUCUGGGUGUAUUGUUUUCGUCACAGUCUCUUUUAGGUAUUCCUGUGUACUGCUAUGGUCGGCUCUCCCGUCCUCCCCUCUUUCCCGGUCCUGUAGGUUGUACAGUGAUCGGUAGUAGCGCCUGAAUUCUUCGGCUAUUUGGUCAGGAAAUGCCGUCGAGGCGCCCGAAGGCAGGCGCAGGGUGCGGACCUGCGUGCGAGGGGCAUUGCCUUUUAGAAGCCGUGCUAGGUAUUUGCCUCCCUUGUUGGCAUGGGUGUAAAAAAAAACCCUUAGAUUGUUGUAGCGAACGUAGGUGGCGUUUUGUAAGGAGAUCUCUCAGUUGGCGUCUGGCUUGCAUUAGUUCCCCAUAAGUUUCCAUUAGUUGGGUCCUCUUGUGUUGCUGUUCUAGUGUCGUGAUCGAUUUGUAGAGUUCUGCCAUUUCUCGGGUGGCUGCCUUUUUCUUUUUAGAUGCGAUCCGAAUGAGGGCGCCCCUAAUCACGCAUUUGUGCGCUUCCCAGAUAGAGAUCGGUGAGGUUCCUGGCGUGUCGUUUUCCUGAAAAUAGUGAGUUAGUUCUUCCGAUAUUUGCCCCCGAGCCUCCUGAUCAAGAAGGAGGGCCUCGUUGAGUCUCCAUGUCCAUGUGCAGGGUCGGAAGAGUGGUGAUUCGAGUUCAACGGUCACAGGGCCAUGAUCUGACCACGUCGCUGGGUCAAUUUUUGCGGAGAUUAGGCGCGUUAGUCCUACUUGUCUUAUGAAGAUGUAGUCGAUACGCGAGUAUCUGUUAUGCAGCGGGGAGUAGUAGGUAUAAUCCCUAGUAGUAGGAUGGAGAGUCCGCCAACAGUCCACGAGAUCCAUAUCUCCUAAGGCCCUUUGUAUGGAGCGUAUAUGAAGUUGGUUGAUGCUACUGUGGCCCGUCGAUGAGUCCACGAUGGGGUUUAGGGUUGCGUUAAGGUCACCCCCAAGGACUAGCGUGCCCUCGGAGAAACCUUUAAGCUUAUCUAGCGUUGUCCUGAGGAACUGAGCUUGUCUUUUAUUGGGUGUGUAGACAUUAGCGAGAGUGUAGAGCAGCCCUGCAAUUGUCCCCUUUAGAAAUAAAAAGCGACCCUGGUCGUCCUGCAUGCUGUCCAGCGGUUGAAAUUCCAGGUCUCCAGCAAUCAAUAUGGCAACGCCCGCUUUUCUGGUCAUAGGGUGAUCGCAGAAAUGGUUGAUCGGGUAGUGUCUAUUCUGGAGUUUGGGGGCGGCGUUCUUUCGGAAAUGUGUUUCCUGCAGUAGCGCGAUUUGUAUGUGCCUUCUCUUCAUCUCUCGCAAUAUGUGAGAUCUUCGUUCAGGCGCAUUCAGGCCCCUACAGUUAAGGGUGAGGACAGUCAGGGGAGCGGGGCGAUACGCUCUCGCGUCCCUGGAUGCAGCGCUGUUGGCCAUCCCUUGGUGCCCACCCCUUGUUGUGUUCAGCCCGCGCUAGGGACCCGGACCCCCGCCGUGCCCCCCCAGAUAAAGGAGCAGUAGUGAGGAAGGGCUGGGAGGGGGAUGAUAUAAAAGAGAGUGAGUAGUAGAAGAGCAGAGAAGAAGAUUAGGGAUAGAGAAGAGGGAGAGAGAAGAGAGAGUGAACAGUUGCCCAGAUAGAUGGGCACUGUAACCGGGAUAGGAGAUAUCUCGGUUGAUCUACCCCUGGUGAAGGGGUGGCUCGUGCUACGGACAGCAGCCCCGUGGGUUCGCCUUGGUAACCAGACCAGAGGGUCAGAGCCCGUGGGGUUCCGCCGUAUGUGUAUGGGCACGAGUGUGGUGUGAGGUGAGUGGUCCGUACCCGUCCAAAUGGAAAAGAGUGUGUGUCUCUUUCGGAGAGCUCGUAUCCGCCGCUUCCCGUGAUAGUUAACAUUCUUGAGUAGUAUAUAAGAUCCAUUUCAAACAUUUGGCCAAAGCCCAAAUCAACAGUGUAACAAUAUCGGGUAUAUUUUUCAUAAGCAAGAUCACAUGUAUUUGCGUUCUAUCCCGGCUCCUUGGCAGUUUAGUGUGAGCCAGGGGAACUCCCAUGGCUUGUGUCUCGAACCCCCUUCCAGGUCCCCCCUCCCCCCAAGCUGUCGCAGGGUUAUACGUCAAGUCACCCAAGGUGUGAGUGGGGAAUUGCUACUAUCAGCUCUCCACCUAACGUGGUGUUUUCUCCCCUCCCCUACGUCACCUCAUUGCUUCUCAGGUCACAGGAUAUGGGCCACGGUCGUAUCCCUCUGUGGGCCUCUUAGGUUUGUACCCGGUGUCAGUACGUGAUUGGGGGGUGGUGGAAGUGGCGCCCCCAGCGUCGGCAGCAUAUUCCAUCCCUUAUCACUAUGUAGCUGUCUAAGUCUCGUCUAGCUGGACAUCCCGCCCCCCCCCGUGGACCCGUGACAGUCGUGCUCUUCAUGGGUGGUGUCUAUAUCAUUUAGCGUGUGAGGGCUCCCCUGUUUUUUUUGUUUUGUUUUUUUAAAAUUUUUAAAAGACUCCCCCCUCCCCCCCUUUGUCGUCUCAUAGCUUCUAGUAUGGGUGUUGGCUUUGGGAUAGUCGUCUUCUCCCUACUUCCUUCUCCCGCCCUACCUGUAUUUGUCUGUCAUGUGGGGUUGCCCAUGUGAGCGUAACUUUAUGGGUCCUUUUCCCUAGGUCUCAACCCCCUCCCUUAUUUCCCAAGGUUGAUCUUUGGGUAGUUCCCAUUUGUCUGUCGUGAAUAUUCGUCUGUCUUUGGCUACGUGUCAGUGUCCCAGUGUGCCCUGUUGGUUGGUUGUCUCUAGUCUACCCUUCACUCAUGUGGGGGGGUUCAGCGUAGUAUAUUAUUCAUUGGUCCAUGCAAUGAAGCCUUACUGGGACCCCGCCAUUCAGCCGUAAGGAGGGCCUUAGCUGAAUACUAUAUGAGCUUUCUAUUCCGGUAACCUGUCUAUGACCCCUUCUUACAUCCCAUGAGCAUAUGUCAGUUCGUAUCCGGGCGUGGGGGUUAAUGGCAACACAGGGUAUAGCCUCACAUGGUGAUACCAGUACAUCUCUCGGCGGCCUGGUGGUCCAGUAGUGGCUGGGUAGUCGGUCGCCUCCCAGCGUAUAGUGUCCCAAUGUCUCGUUGUGUUCUCCCGCCCCCCCUGUUCCCGUCCCUCCCAAAGGUGUCCAAGGGGUGCUUAAAUGAACACAAAGAGGCGGAGCAGAAAACCCUCCAGAGUCCCAUUUUUCAUCUCCCCCAAUAUAAAAGGCCCAUGCACGUUUCCCCUGGUGGACACAAUUUCGUCAUGUGGAACGCUACUUUUGGGUAUUGUGUCGCCGGAUUGUCAUGUCGAAGACCAAAUCCCCUUCAUCCUUGACCUCGGAAUCACAACCCGUGGCAGUCCCGUUUUACCCCUUACCCCAGUAACCCUCCUCCCAAAAUAAACUUUAUAAUUGUCAUGUGCAUGUGUGGAGAGGGGAGAGGGUGGCGAAAUGUCCGCUUUCCCCCAAACCCCCCCCCCCCUUAGGCAAGUGCGUGUGGCUCCCUUUGUCCUCCGAUUUCUGUCGGUUGGUGGGGGGACCCGUGUGUAAGUCAGAGGUGGUGUAUUACCUUUUCAGGUGCUGCCAGGAGCCGGUCGUCGGCAUGAUGUACUGUACUCACUCGGCCUGUUCUCCUCUCCCCAUGCGUCUCCGUGGUGGAGGUCCGGGCGGUGAUCGCUCUCCCCGUCUGCGGGCUGCUCUUUGUUGCCUUUGGACCGGCCUAGAGGUGUCCAGCAGCCAGUCAGUAAACUGGAUAUGAGGCAUAUUCAAGGUGUCAAGGAGUCGCGGUAUUUCAUCAGGCCAUCUGGCAGCCAGCCAGUUAUCUUGGUGUCUGGCCAUUAAGGCAAAGGGGAAUCCCCAUUUGUAUUUAAUAUUGCGUUCACGCAGCGCAGUGGUUAUCGGUUUAAGUGCUCGCCGAGCUUCCAGCGUGUAUGGAGAGAGAUCAUUGUAUAGGGAUACUUGAGUGCCCUGGAAGGGCCACGUGGGGCGUUCCCGGGCCUUUCUCAUUAUUGUGUCCUUGAUAGGGAACGAGUGCAGGCAACAGAUCAUAUCCCUUGGACCAUCCUCAGCAGAUCGCGGGCGUAGGGCCCUGUGUGCCCUUUCAAAUUCGAACGUUUGCGGUGCAUCGGUGUGUAAGAUAGUGCGGAAUAGAUUUGUCAGUACCUCUGCCGCGUUUUCUCCUUCGUCAGCUUCAGGAAUCCCCCUUAUCCUGAUGUUGCACCUGCGGCCUCUAUUGUCGAGGUCCUCCAGAUUCCUGCGCAUAUGCAAGAUCAUGUCCCCUUGCCUGGCUAUGGCGACGUCCGUCGCGUUGAUCCUGGUAGAGUGGGUUUCUGCUGUUUGCUCCAAUGCCUGGAUGCGGCCUGCCUGGGUAGUCACCUCCGUGCGGAGCCCCGCCAUUUCUGCCCUCAGGGCGUCCUGAAUGGUAGUGGUCAGGGUUAGGAGGUCUGCCUUGGUCGCCAUGGCUGCUGCUAUGUUCCUCAGCUCUUCCCCAAUCCUUUCUAUGGCCGUGGGGUCACCCCCCGGUGCCUGGGCUGAGUGCUGUGCGGCCGGGGGUGGGCUUUCAUUCCCGCCGCCAUUACCACGUGGCGGCUGCAGAAAGCCGUCCAUUGGUCCCUGCUGCGAGCCCGGCUGGGGAUCCCUCUGGGUUUGCGGGUGGUCGGAGCGGCGGUUGCGACCCAUUUGUCGCACUGGCUGAUGUGGGAUCGCUGUAUGAAGGUACGGGUGCGGCGGAGCUCAGAGUCUAAGCGGCCAUCUCGGUCGGAGUACAGGCCACGCCCCAACAUACACAAUUUUGAAUACGUUAGGCUGUCUACUUUUCAAACGGUAUGCCAUGAUGGGAGUGAUUCCCAUUCCUGGGCUGCCAUCCGGUCUCAAAGGCAACAUAGGUUCAGCAAACUAAUCUGGCAAUUACAAACCAUGCGUUUUCAGAAAUAUGGCAAAAUUAUAUGUGUCCCUCAAAACACGGUGGAUAUUGUAACCCUGAUUAUAAGCACAACGAGCAUUUUAACAAAUAAAUCGAAGUAAAGAAUUCCUGCCAUCCACAGAUCCUUUGACACACUGUCUAUUCAGUCUUUUGUUAUUGUUAGCGCUAACAAAGAGCCAAAACCUUCCGCAGCCUAGUACAAAGGUCUAGAGCGAUUUCUUUUUAUUUCGAUAUCGCUGCUGACAUGCCUUCUCUUUAAGUAUGUGUACUUCACAUAUUCAUGGCCGGCAUCCACUUCAGUCUUGAGACAAAGACUGGCUUUACAGAAAGUCUGGGCAAAACUAAAAAUAUACCCUUUCAAGAAAUACCGCAAAUAAUAUUUUAUAUUUUAUACCUUUGCUCUACAUGCCAGAAGCAUUUACAGGAAAGGUUGCUUUAACAGAACUUGUAGUAGCUCCAAUAUCACAUGUGAAAAUAAAAUAAAUGGUAGAUUUAAAGAUGCACUUGGUAUUUGCAGAAAUAAAGCAGAACAGAAUUAAUGAUUUUCGAUAGACGCCAUACUAUUCUGCCGAAACAGAAUGAAAACAUCACAUGCAGUUCACGCUAUUUAUAGUGAAGUUGUAUUGAAUUACGUUCUGUUUUUUACGUUUUUUUAAAGGUGUUUUCGUGAAUGAUUAUGCCCUCCUAUAAUUCACUAUAAUCCUCUGUUUAUUCUCUUAUAGAACAAGGUGCUAUGCCUUGGGAACAUUGAAUCGUACAAUUUAGUUCUGUUUUUAUAGAUAUUGUCUUCUAUUAUUCUUUUUUGUUUACUUUAACAAGAUCAGACAAGACACAAUUUUGAACCCGUACGAACCCUGACCUCAAAUCUACACAAUCCUUUUUUUAUUACUUACACACAACAGAGAUUUUUUAUUUUAAAUGUGUAUUUUUAAAUAUAAAUCCUUGCCACAAAUUGCCAUCCCUAUAUUAUUUUUAUAGUACAGCUUUCUGUGCCCUCUGCAAUAAAAUUGUCACUUUUCAUAUUCCGCUUUUAGAUUUUAUGGUUAGAACAUGGCUUUUUGAAUAGAGUAAAUGUACUUGGAAUCCCAGUGUCACUUUAUCGCUUUUAGAAUGUGUCACUUGAUAUUUUUUUUCUGCCAGUGUUGCAUUAACUGAUUAACACAGCGGUAAAUUGUGAACUGACAACUUCUACAUCAGCAAUUCCAGUGUAUUUCCUCGGUGAAUUCUAGCAGACUGAAUAGGGGAACAUUUUCUUUACUAAAAGCACAUUUACUGUACAAUACGUGCUUGUAUAUUAUUGGCUAUUACCAAAUAAACUGUCUCUGCUGUUGAAACACUUAUGAAAUGUAGCGAACAUAUAAUUGAAUGGGGAUUUGCGUGAAAUGUUAGGGAUGAUUUGUAAAAAUUAUUAGGUUUGGUUCAUUGGUUUUGAUUCUGUCUUCUUCUGUUGCUAUACACAAUUUUUAUUUGGAAGCUUGUAAGUGUUAUCAUGGAUGAGUUGGAAUGAGAACCCAAUCUACAGGCAAUGAUUCAACAGGUACGAAAAAUCUACCAAGCUUGAGGCAACUUGGUUCUCCAAUUAUCAUUUCAUAAUAAUAGCGAUCCUAAUAGUUUACUCAAAUCAGUCCAAGUCUCCAAUUCAGCAUGAGAAUGGCAGCCUACAAUCAACAUGCAGCUGUCUUUCCUGGACUACAAGUUGAAUUUGUCUUGAAGAAUUAUUUACCAGGAAGUAUCUCUGGUUAUUAUAACCAUGGUCAUAUGACUAUAUACUCUGAAUCCUGUCUUACAUUUUUCAUAUUCUAUGAUUGAUCACAGAGACUUGCAUUCCAAGCUCGGAAUUCCCAGUUGUGGUACCUUCUCAGGAAAAAAAAAAAGAGUGACCCAAACAAAAAGCAAAAAUCCCUAAGAUUUAUAUGUUGUGUGCAUAGCUCUGUCGUAAGAUUGAUAGCACAGAAGGUGCACCUUGUCUGUAUGUAUGGCCCUUAAAAAAAAAAAAAACGGGAAUAUUCUUUAUCAGCAAUACUUUGCUACUAAGAACUGGAGGAGCUACAAUCUGACACCUCAGUAAGAAGACCCUAACUCUCACUCAUUUUAGUUGUAUGCACUUCUUGUAUGUUUCACUUUUGUUAUUUUUUUGAAAAUGUGACAAGACCAGGAGAAGGGUUUGUAUAAUGAAAAAAAUACCGGCACUCCAGGAUUUGGUAAAAAAAAGAGAAGUUAGUUCUUAUUUAUUCUUACAGUUCCAGUCAACGUUUCAGCUCUAGCACAGAGCUUUCAUCAGGGCUUGGAUUUAUAUAUAUAUAUAUAUACACACACACUGCAAUUAAGUUAGUUUAAUUAGAAAUCUAUAAUUAUUUCAAUGCCAACCAUGUGUUUUGGCUCUCAUCUCUAAACUCACGGUUUAACUGUGAAUCUUGACAGACUUCAGUUAUCAAUCAAGUUACGCAGCAGGUGAAGACAAUUCAUAUUUUUUUGAAAAUGGGAGAGAAGCAAAUGAUUUAAAGUAGUACACUUCCUUUAUCGCAAAUUCUGUUUAAUUUAGAAUUUAUCUCCUGCUCUAUUAAUAGCUUGCUAGACCCUGCCUGUGAUUGAAAAUGAAACCAUCACAGCCAGAGAAGGUGUGGCUAUAGCUGCAUUAACAGAAACAGUGAUGUAACUCCUAAAUGACAGAUAAUUGAGCAGUGAUACUGCAGGGGCAUGAUCUAUACACCAAAACUGCUUCAUUAAUAAGCUAAGGUUGUUUUGGUGACUAUAGUGUCCAUUUAAAAAAUUGUAUUACACUAAAACACAAAACAAUAUUCACUUAAAAGCAAGAAGAGUGUGAAUAUUUUUGAGUCAUACAAAGUCAUACACAGUAACUGGCAAGAUAAAAAAUAUAAGGCAGUAUGAGCACUGACAUACACUCCCAUUGAAACCUGCUGUAAAUAUAAUACUUUAUGAUAAAGAAAUUCUGAAAAUUAUAAUGGGAAUUUAAGACAGAUGUUUUUUUUCUAAUAAUUUCAUAAAAGAAUGUAUCGUCUUGCUGUAGAGGGAGAAUAGCAUUUAUAGUCAACAACAAUUAAUUACUUUCGGCAAGAUGACAGGAUAGCAAUACAUUUAAAUUACAUUUUUAGGGUAACUGGCUUAAGUUUGAACUCCCUCUGGGAAAAAAAACCUUCACAUAACAGCUGCUUCACUUGUGUGAUGUUGGAAAACACUGCAGCCAGCAACACAGCAUUGACUAAUGUCUUUCUUUGAAGUAGGAAAGUUUAAACAGUGGAAUCAAAGCCUAAUGGACCAUGUGGAUGGCAUGAUCUGUUUCUUUUAAGUGAUCUUGAGUUUUUAGUGAAAUUGACACUCAGCCUAAACACUCUACUUACCUGAUAUUUAAAUUCUAAAUUUCUCUAAAAGUGAAUACAUAUGAUACAUGAAUGGUGUAAUAUCUGGCACCGAUGUGUAUGCAUCCACUAUAAUAAGUUAUUCAUUGACUUUCAGUUUUUGGGGAAUUAAAUCUGAAUUGAAAAACUGAAGCAAAAAUAAAUAUCCUAUACGUUGUGAAAAUGGAAAUGUUUUACAGCUGUUUUUGCCUUUUUAUUUUCCAUUGGGAUUUAAUACACAAAACAGAAAUGAGUUGGUGAAUAACCCUAUGUAAGUAUAGUUUAUUGUAGUGGAUGUAUACAUAGCUGUGGCUGUUGUUCUGCCAUUCACUUUCUAUUGUUGGUACACAUGCCACAGAGUCUAGUGAAUGUUAGUUUAUACAGUAACUCGAUGCUAAUGGUAUACAUUAAAAUAAAUUCUCAUUGAUACAUUUGCCAGAUAGUUUGAUAGCAAAAUGUGUGUUAUGUACCAAUAAGAUGCAUACAAGACUAGAUUUGUGUUAAAUUGUUCUUUAUUCAUUUUUUUAAUUAAUUUAUUAAAUAUGUAUUUUAUGACUGUAAUAACUACAAAUAUAAUUACAAAUUAGAUGUAUUUUGGCACAUUGGAAAACCUUACAUUAAAUACAGCGUUUUUUUUUUUAAAUCUUCAUCAGAAUUUUGGUAUAAUAGAGUAACAAAGGAAGUAUUAACAAGUGCAGUCAUAGAGACAGAUAUAGCAAGCAUUCAACAUGGAAUAGGUGCAGUGGAAAAGUCAGUACUUUUGCAGGUGCAAUAUUAUGAAACAAGUGUGUUCUUUUCUUUUCGUACUAACAGAAAAUCAAAGACCUAAUGACAUGUGUAGCACAAUAAUAAGAACAAUUACUUACAUCAUUAAGUGUGAUCCAGAAGAACUGGAGGGGUAAAAAAAGGAGAGGAGGGGAAGAGGGAUAGAAUGAUCGUGAUCUUAUGACUAAAAACAUGUGGUUAGUUUGUAAUCACAGAAUGCAUGAAAAUUAAAGGCAUGAUGUUCAUAUCCAUUCAAUACAGAUCAAACAAGAUCUACAUAUGUCAUAAUAGCUUUUGAUCGCUACUUUGUAGGUAUUUCUGCUUUUCCCUAGACGGAUGCUAUCAGCAAUUCUAUACAGUGUAUUUCCUUGUGUAGCUGUUCUUGAACAGUCGAUGGUUCAGUUAUGAGGUUUAAACUUGGCAUGCUCCAAAGUGUCAAGCUACUGUGCGGAAUCCAGCACAAGUAAAUUAUGGUAAAUAAAAGCAGAGCUACCUUUGCCAAGUUUUGUUAUUUCCCACAGUCGACACUAGUGACUUCUGUGGAGAAAAAGAUAGAUAUCAGUGUUGUACUAUUGUCCACGCUUGAGAGUACAGCAAUGAUGCAGCUCCUGGUAGACUAAAGGCCUGGAGCUGAAGAGGAACCAAUAAUAUGGUGAUUGCGGUGGUCAUGAGGAACAGCUUUAGGAAAGUAAAACAUACCUUUCCCCUGCACCCCUGACCAACAGCAAUGCAAGCGGCAAUGUCACCUUCAGGGCUGUUUGCCCAGUAGGUUACAGAACUGCUUUAACAUCUCAGAAAGUAAAAAAAUGGAAUCCUUGCUCACUGCACCUAGAGGGGUAUUAGCUACAUUGCGCUGACAAGACCCCAAAAAAGUCCAAAAUGAGCACCAGGGGAUGCUAUACCUCUUCUGCAAAGGGAACGUUCUUGCAUUUCAGAUCCGGACCACCCUUUUGUGUAGAAUCAGUCUGAUAAUUCACAGACCUAGGUUCUCUCUGCAAUGGCACAUGUAAGCUAAAACAUGUUUGAGAAGAGCAAGGUAAAAUAUUUUUCCUGUUCUUAUAUCUUAUUUGGUUUUGUUUACAAAAGAACAGAUAGGUCGUCCUUGAGUGCGGCAACACUUUGUGGAUAGAAUCCUUCUCAAUUUUCAGUCUACACUCAUUGGGCCUCAUGGCCACAAGAAACAGCUCAGGAGAUAAAACAUUCAAUAGUGGACGACUCUGCCUUGUGCCAUUCCUGAGGGUACACUCUAAAGUGUUCUUUUAAAUAUAUUGUAUGUUCUUUUAUAUUAUAUCUUGCAAUUCAUGUUUUUCCACUAUUAUUAUUGCCUAAGUUGUUUCUCUACAUUGAUUUUGGAUAAUUAAAGAACAAACCAUAAACAGAUAGAAUGAUCACUUUUGUGAGUUUUCAUACACAGUUCAAUAUAGAUGAUUGUUUUCAAUUACAGCUGACAAGUGCAACCCACCACCAAAAUGUAAAAGAAGUAAUGCACUAAAAUAAAAACCACCAAGAAAAACGUGAAAUAGAGAAGAAAAAAAUAAAUCAGCAAAGUGAGAUUUUCACAGACAGUGACACCCACAUAUCACGUUUUCCUAAAAUAUUGAAUGAUAGUAAUGGUAGGAUGGUGACAGUGUUAUGGGGGAUUCAUUCCCCUUUAGGAUCCCGUGCUAUGUGUGGAGAAAGUGAACUUCAAGUAUAUGUGAUUUUGUCUGCACAGUGUAUAAAUGACAUCUACACCUAUCUGAAUGUGAACAUGUCACCCACCCAAUGUAUGGACAACAAGUUCACUUUAAGAACAAACACUAUAGUUUAAUGUUUCUUUCUCUCUUUACAGAUUGUACAGCUGCCAUUUAGUGGUGGAGUCAGCAUCAUGUUCUUCCUGCCCCUCACAGUCACCCAGAACCUCACCCAUAUUGAGGAAGGUCUUACGUCAGAGUUUGUUCAUGAUAUAGAUCGGGCACUGCAGCCUGUCACUAUUACUAUAAGCAUUCCUAAGUUAAAGGUGAACUACGAGGCGGAGUUUGGCAGCACGCUGCAAGAAUCAAGUACGUCUCUUUUCUGGGGUUUUCUACUUACAUGAUGAGACACACACACACACACCUAUAAUAUAUGCUUAUGGCAUUGCUGAAUUGGCCAGUCACCUUUACUUUGGGUGGACUCUCCUGUUUUUUGUCAAACCACUUCAACUAAGUUUAACAAAAACGAGGUUAAAAGGAUAAGUCAUAUCACUGUAAGCAUUCUAAAAAGCUGUAAUGGUAGUGGUAAUAGUGCUUGAAGUCUUGGAGUGUCUCUGUAACAAUGACAGAAUCCAGUGAGUGCAGCUUUUGGACUAAAUUGCCCAUUAUGUUCUGCUAAUUAUUUGACUUGCAGCAUAACUCACAACUGCUGAAAUAUCCAAAAGUGAACCAUUGAUGGUCUAGCUCAGAGGUGUCCAAAAGACAGAUCCCCAGAUGUUGUAGACCUACAGUUUCCAUUAUGCUUUGGCAUUCUAAAGCAUCAUAGGAGUUGUAGUUCUACAACAUCUGGGGAAUCUACCUUUAGGGCACCCCUGGUCUAAGUGAACAAGGCCACACCAUAUUGAGUAACAGGAUUCACUAGCCUAGUGAUCACAACCCCAAAGGCAAGCCACUGGAGCACACAGUGCCACAGUAACACCAAAUAUGUUAUAAAUUACUGGAACAGUGAGAUGAACUGCACAUUUGUUUAAUUAACAUGCUUGUAGCAGCAGGGCUUUUCUCACCUUUUGUUUCAGUAUGUCUAAGCUUAAAAUGUCAUCAAUUAUUGGUAUGUUUUCUCUGCCUUAUUUUGUACAAGGAUAUUUCUGGUAUUUUUAAAUAAUAAUAUGCCGGUGAGCUAGAUCUUUUUUUUUUUUUUUUUAAAGGGGAAACCAGUAGCGUUAACACAUGUAAUACUAAAAAAAACAUACAUAUAUAUCUACUGCAUUAGAUUACUGAAUAAAAUAUAUAUAUAUAUAUAUAUAUAUAUAUAUAUAUAUAUAAAAAAAUCCGAACAUUAAACUUAUCAUUAAUACAUACACUAUUGACAAGUUGAGCACAGUCUUCUGGCAAACAAAAUAGCUGUGUUCAAGAAUUCAAUCAAAUCAUUUUUACAGGGGAACUUGAUGUUUAUAAUUACGGAACACCCGUCAAAUAUUGGACUGCAGUGAAAGAGUGUGAGAAUUGAUAGGCAGCUUCACUUAGUGUCCAAGGUUGGAUGAAUUAUAUGGAAGUGAAUUUCUACAUUAUCACGUCAGAUGCUAAACUACCAGAAUUUGGAUGCUGACUAAGCCUUAUAUUUUCUCAUUUGCUUAAAUAAGGUUUGACAAAACGAAAAUAGGGAUUGGCACCCAAAAUCUCUGUAUACCUUAAUAUCUACAAUACUUUGGUGCAUCGACUAACACUUAAAGUACUGUUUUUAACAGUUAGAAACUUGAUGAGAAACACAGUAUGUGGGGAAGGCUGGGUACUGCUGCGUGUCCUUGAUGUAUUUUUCACGUAAUCUGUGAUAUUUUGCUUUGUUUCAGAGCUACAGCCUCUCUUCUCUUCUCCUGAGUUCAACAAAAUCACCGCCAAGACAAUUAAGCUCACACAAGUAGUGCACAAAGCUGCGCUGGAGCUAAAUGAGGAUGGUGUAGCAAGCAUACCGCCAAUGGAAGGCCAAACUCGCCAUCACUUCCCCUUGGAAUACCACUUGGACCAUCCCUACCUGUUCGUUCUCCGUUCUGAUGACAACGGUGCUCUUCUUUUCAUUGGAAAAGUCUUAGACCCCAAAGGACUAGCUCGUAAAUAAUUUCAUAGCCCACAGUUUGCAAUUUGACUGCUGAAGAACUGAAAUAUUUUACGUAUUUUAGUUUUGUAACAGUCAAGGGGGUUGAACAGGCAGUCAUUCAUACUCUUGAAACUCCUGAAACAUCCAGCCUCACCACCCCCAAACCCUGCCCCACCAAAAAAAACUAAGCCAUAAGGUGCACAUGCCUGCACCUAGAAGCUUUUUAUGUUACUUAUUGUUUUCCCAAAUGAAUAUGAAUGGUUAUGAUAGUGACUAGAAGGGGAAUGUAUUGUAGGUAUCCAUUUUCAUUACAGAUCUAUUUUGUCUCAAAUAUAGUAGAUAUGUAUGGGUUAAUACAAAGUAGAUUAAAAAAAUGAUAUAGGUGAGUUCAAGACAAGACCAAUGUGCUUCAUACCAACUACCCCGGAUAGUCCUAGACCUAAAAGUGGUGCUCAGGUUGGAUAUAGAACAUUAAAUCUUCUCCAAAUGCUUUACCUUUGUGUGUGUUUCUUUUGUUCUGAUUGGUUCUGUGCUACCAAUGUCAAUUUGCCGAUCUAUAAAAAGUUGAAACCAUGUGCCUUUAUUCCUCACUGUACCCUUUGUGCAAUUUUCAAGCUGAGCUCUUUUCUAUCUCUAUAAGCCGGGACGAUCCAAAGCAAUAAACAGCCUGUUUUAUAUACUGCUCAGGAAUGAUUUCUCCCUUGCUUCAUUUUCUGGCACGAAAACAUCUGUGAUAUUUAUUAAAAUAAUUAAUGCAGAGGGAAUAGUGCAUCAUCUAUAAAGGUAUAACGAGGUGUAUAUUGUUAAUUAGUUACAGUCUGCAACUCAGCAGUUGACACACAUGCUAUGUUCACUGUGCGUCUGCGUUAAGGGUAUUUUCAAGUGUAGAUGCACAAAUCUAGUCUCUGGAUCAUGGUAACAUUGUAAUCAAUGUUCAGUCUUCAUCCAUCAUCUCCUUUGUGAAUCUUGGAUACCAGGGAGCUGUAAUAGACAUGCCUUCAUUUCCUGCAGCUCUCUCACUAGAUUGUGAUCAGUCCCAUAAUUCAUAGAAAGAAUCUGCUGAGCUCUCAGAAUGGUGUUCAUAGCGUCAGCAACC